GAAAUAAAUUAAAUGGAAUACGCGGCUCGCAACUGCAGUAGUCCCACCAUUUUUAAUGUAAUGUUGGUCAUGGGUGUCGCGUGUUUAUUGUGUUAAAAGUGUAUUUUUCCGUAAAAUUUUAUCCUAUACCGAUCAGUACGUACGUAGUUGCACAACGUCAAUGAUUAUUUUUUCGCGACAACCGAUCGGUCCGUAUUGAUAAAACGCGGGCGGAUGGCGGUUUUUAAAUUGUGAUUGUUGUUUUUAUAAAAAAAAAAAAACCGAUUAAACCGUUAUCAUUGGUGGCUUGGAUUUCGAGUGAUAGUGAUUAUAUUACAUGUAUAUAAAAAACAAUAUAAAUAAAAAAUAAUCAACACACAUUUUCGGGCGGGUCCACUCGCGCGCAUCUCAUGAUAAGAGAUAAACCGAUGGGAUUCACCGAUCGUGUAGCCGGUUCGGGUUGUCAUUAUAUAAUACAUAAUAAUAAUAAUAAUGGAUAUAAACUAUUUUUACCGAUUUUAGUGCGUUUUUCGUUGGCCGCCUAAACGUGUUCAGUGUUGUUUUGUGUUUGUAUUCUCGUCGCUGACCGGAUGUGUGCCGAUCUCCUGUCGUUUUUCACCAUCAUACCGCCGCUCGACGUCGAACCGGUUUGUCCGUUUGAAUGCGAGCUCGUCCAAUUUUGUAUACUGAAGUCGUAAAAAUAUACGAACAACGUAGUCGCAUCGCUUCUUGCCUGUGCCCAAAUUUUACCGUCGCGCCGGACAUGGAUGCGUGAGUCGACAUUUUAUUAGCCGUUUGUGCCGCCGACGUCGUCCCUUCCGAGAUAAUGUCCACGAAGCCGUUCGUGGUGAACCACGACGGGAAGAAGCAUAACAUCGAGCAUUUCCUGCGCUUCCAUCCGGGCGGUACCAACACGCUGUCCAUGCUGAAGAACGCCGACGUCACCGAUCGUUUGAUUGCUACCCAUCACUCGGCCGCCGCCUACGAGUUGCUCAAAGAUUACAGAGUGGACGACGGAGAUCCAAAAAAGUACGUCAGAGAGGACGGCGAUCUAGAGGUUCGUGUGGACGGUUAUUUUUUUUAUUUACUGAUCUUUUAGUUCAUUUACUUGUAUCAGGUAGCUGUAUGUACUGUAAAUACCUUUAGGUACAUAUAGGUAUGCAUAAAUCGACUAGGUACGGACGGGUCGUCUUAUAUUCAUCAAACGAUUUCACUAAUGCAUUUUUUAAUGUUACGAAAUAUUAGAUAUAUAUUCUUUGGUUAUAGGUAAUAGGUAAAAUAGAACUAUUAACAUUUAAUAUAUAGGAUUACAGGUGGUAUUUACUUGACUUUAAUGAAAAAUGCCUAAACUGAUUUCUUUAAAAUAAUUUAAGGUAUCUCUGAAGCUGGUAAUCAUCCUGUAUUGUUGUUUAAUAGGUAGAUACAAUUUAAAUUAUACUACUUAUACUAACCUAUGAAGGUACAUAUUUAUUAUUUUAUUUGUGUUGUUAAAACUAGGUAAACUAUUAUUAUACUAGUAUUAUAUUUUUUUGACGAGAAAUAAUACAUAAAAAACAAGUUGAUGGUAAUAAAUCUGGUGGUAAAUCAAGUAGAACAUCUUAAAAUGAUUAAGAACAUCACUUAUAAAGAUUUAAGACUAGGUAUUUACAUUUUACAUGACAUGUAGAUAGGUACUUUGCAAACUAUUUGUAUAUGUCCUGGGAAUAAUUGUUACAAAAAUGUUAUUGAGUUUUAAUAGGUUUAAGAUUGAUGCAUUCUUUUAGUUCACUUGUUAUAUUAUGUGAUUACUUUAGUUAUUAGGUUAAGAUAGGUUAGUUAAUAAUUGUUUUGGAGUUGGGUUCAUAUUCUUAAUGUAUUUCAAUAAAUUUAAUGUGUAUCAAUUAAUCUUCAAAUUAAACUUUACGUUGAAUAUCAAAGUAUUACUUUCUUAAAAUAGGUAGUUUAACACCUAAGCACCUGUAGGUACUUUGAGUUAAAUGCAAUUCAACAACAAAUACUAAAUUUAAAUUUGUUAAAAGCAAAAUCUGUCAUGGUUAAUUUUUCUAAUUUCAUUAAAAUGUAUAAGAAUAUAAUAUUUUUGCUAUAAUAGUUUGCAUUUUAGUUCACCAGAGUGUUAUACCUACAUUAUAUUUAGGUCUUAAAUCAUAAACUACAGAUCUAGGUUAGUUGAGGUGAUCAAAAAUCAUAUAUAGUAAAAUAAUUUAUGUAUAAUGUUAUGUAAUAUUUAAUAAUAUUUUUAAUUUUAAUAAUUUACGUUGCUAUGCUAAUGCUAUGUUAGUGCUGUCUUAUCGUUACCUAAUAAUCUUUAAAAAAAAAAAAAAAAAUAGGUACUUAUAUUCAGUACCUUUUUAAAAAAUUAUUAUCCUAUUAGUAAUGAAUUAGGUAAUUUUAAUUUAAAGUAAAUAUAAGACUGUCCUAAAAGUGGACAAAAUAAAUGUUAUUUGAAUAAGUAGGUACUGUAAAACAAUACUGCUGUCUAGAAGAGUUGGGAACUGGGCUGUGGGUAAUUUGUAGUUAAUUUUAUUAAUGUACAUUUGUCAAAAAUAGUACUUAUAUUCUUUAUUUAAAGAUAUUCUCAUUUUCUAAAGAAAUCUGUAUUGUAGAAAACUUUUUGAAAAUAUAAUUUAAGUAACUAAGAAAUUAGAUACCUAAUCGUAUUAUGUAUUAAACUUAUCAUUUGUCUAAGUUAUCCCAGUUACUUACCUAAGUUUGUUAUCCUUUACACCAUAUUUGUCAAUAAAUUUAUUAAUUGCGCAAUUUUUUAAAAUUUUAUAAUUUAUUUAUAAGUUGCUAAAAUAGGUUUUAUUGUAAUUUUAAUUUUAAUCAUGCGUGAAAAAAAAUCUUGAUCUAUGAUUUUUGAAUUAAAUAUCUAGACAGUUAGAAUAACCUUAUUGCCAAUGGUUUAAGUAUUUUUUAAAAUGUUAGCAUUAUUUUGUAAUAAAUAAAUAACACUGUACAGCUAGCUAAAACGUCUAAAACAUAAUAUUUAAUAAUGUGUAUUUAUUAGAUAUAUUAUCAAGUUCAAUUUACCUAAACUAGUUUGGAUCCAAUAAAAAGAAAUAAAAUACCUAAGUAGUUACUACGGCAGGCAUCUAAAUUAAAAGGUAUUAAUAUUAAUUUUAAUAAAACGGUUUUUUGAAAUUAAAAACUAUAAAACAAAUAGGUACUAAAUAAUUAAUAAAUAUGUACACUGAUAGUUGAUUUUUGUUGUCUUUUAAACCGAUUAGUAGGUAUCUUUUAUAUUUUGGGUUUUUGCGUAUUUCGGAGCUUUUUUGAAAUUUUCUUUCGUAAUGUAGGUUAUGAAUAGUUAUAGUUUCAUGAUAUUUGUAAAGUGACCAACUAGUAGUUAGUUUUUUUUAAUCGUUAAACCUGUUCGAACAGACCACUUGUUACUAUGAAACUCAUCUCUUGGUCCUCUGCGUGUAUAUACUGAAAAUACUCUUAUAAUAUAUACUAUUAUAUGGGUAUUUAAAGGUAAGAUUUUAUUGCCAACUCGAUAUUAUUAUAAUACAUAAUAAUUGACCUUAAUCAUAAUAGUUUAUCUUUAUUGUUUACGAGUUGUUAUCUCGUUUUUAUUUUAAUAUCAACCCGGUAAACGAAACCUGAUAUAAUAUAUCUCUUAUAAACUCCAAUAUAAUAUUUGAUAUUUAAUACUUAUCAUUGAACGAGUAAACGUUUAAAUAUACAAAAGUAUAUUUAAAAUAAUAAUUGCGUGAUAAUAAAAUAUACAACAGAAUGAGUUUUCGAGUUUUUUUCAGUCGAAAUGGGAUAUUUUUCUAAAUACUUCGUACGUUGUUAUCAUAUUGCGAUUAAUAAUUUCUUUUAACACUCUCGUAACGCCAGGUUUACAUUGUUAGAGAGUAAAUUUGGUGAAGGACCUACACUAGCCUACCUAUUAUUUGUUCAAUUUAUUCUGCUCUACUUGACUCGACUCUACUACAGUGGAAUGUGGGAAAAAAAACCAAUUUAUUUAUUAUAUUAUAAUUACAAUAAUGUAAAAAAUAGAUAACGAAAACAUUGUAUAUACAAUUUUAUAUUGAUUAGUUAAGUUUAACCCGUGCCGCAAGCAUUCAAAAGUUUAGAACAGAACAGUUUUUAAUAUUAAUUAAUAUUGAUUGUACAUAAACGCGCUAUGUUCUCAUGGGUCACCACACGAGCAUGCUCAGUGGGUGGGAUCCAUAAAAUAAUCAUAAGAUAAAAAAAAAAUUAAAAAAAAAAAAAGAACUGAUACUGGGGAUGGGAUCGGCCACUGUUGUAGCUGACCUAACCUGAGAAGUCGGAAAGAUAUGAUACACAAAGUUAUUUCAUUUAUAUCUGUAAUCAACGAUAAUCUAUUGCUUGACGAAAAACGAUUUCGAGCGCAGUUCUGUAGUACAUAACUUGAAGUGCCGUAUUUUUUUUGUGAUUUUCAUUUAAAUUUGAUUUAAAUGCUUAUUAAAAAAAAAAAGUCGUCCGAUGAUUUUGAAAAUUUUACCACAUCUAGGAAAGUUCAAUAUAAGUAUUAUUACCAAGUUUCAAGUCUCUACGUGUAUUUACAACUGAAUUACAGCAAAAAACUACCAACAAUUCCUGAAAAGUUCAAAAGUGGCUCAAAAGUAUUGGCGUUGAAAGUAAAUUAAAAAGGUAAUAAGAAUGAUGCCUUGUGAUUUUUUGAUUAAAUAAUGAAAUCGUGAAAUUGUACGUUUUCCUACGGUUUUUUCCCACUUAAAAACUUUGAUUUAUAAAAUUUCGAAAAUCAAAAAAUGAACUUUUUAAAGUACCAUCUAGAAAACUUGAGCUUUCAGAAAAGUUGCUACACGUAAAAAUCGAGGCAAGUUUACUAGGAAAAAACGUGUCCACAGAUUAGAAGAAAAAAAAUAAACAUCUUAGUAAAACCAAUAGCUCCCUCGCUACGUUUGAAAUCUAAAAAUAAAUAUAUUAUUAAAACCAAUAGCUCCCACGCUACACUCGGAUUCUAAUGUGUAUUUUUUUAUUUUUACUAAAAAUUUCAUUCAACUUAUUUUUAACUUCAUUAACUUGUGGAAAAAGAAAAAAGAAAAAUUAAAAGUAAAAAGUAUACACAUUACACAUAUUCUUAUACAGAUAAUCAAUUGAUUUUAAGAUAAAAAUAUGUGGCUUAUCCAUAAUUUAUGGCAUUAGUUGGCAUUCUAUUGUGGAAAAUUCCCUUAAAACCUUUCUUGGAUUGAAGUAGAACUGUUUUAUAAACUACUUUCAGUCUCAUACGUCUAUCUCUAAAUUUAGGAUUUGUCUUUUUUUUUUCAGUGUCUUACCUUAUUGUACAUACAAUGGAAAUAAUAAAUUUCAAUAAAAAUAAUAAUAAUAAAUUGUGUUUUGAGGGUUAUAUGUACAUUCUAAAAUAUACCGGAAUAACCGUGUUUCGAGACUAGUCGGUCACAAGCGUCCAAGUAUUUGGGUUUUAAUAACCAAAAUUAAAUUGGAAAUUGCUUCAGAUGUAACCAAUUUGGCACAGUAAAGUCUAGGUUUAUUAGGAAAUAUAAGAAAAUUACUAUACUAUAAAAAAAAAUAAAAUGUAUUAAAAAAUCUUUGUUUGGAAAUUAAAGAAAGAAAUAUGACCAUGCCAGAAAUUUUAACAGCAGUAGCACACACAAUAAGUUUUUAUUGAUUUAUUUUAUUUUAUUUAGUUUUUUUGAUUUUGUAUUUUAUUUUUAUUUUUGUAUAAUAAAUAUAGAUCUGAUAAUAUAUGUUUAUAGGUCUAUAAUAAUAAAUUAUAAGAUUUAUCAAUAAAUAAUAACGAAUUUGGUGCAACUGGGCAUUAGUAUAAUUAAUUAUAAUUUAAAUAAUAUAAUAAAUAAGUUGGCUUUUUUUCUGAUUACCACUAUACUGGGUUAUACUAGAGUGUAUUCUACUACAGUACAGGUAUUAUAGUGGUCUGUUCUAUAUCUACACUGUUUACAUCAGGCUAUUUAGAGGGAUAGUGUUAACUCGUAUCAUCGUGUACUCUACCGAUUUUCGAUGUUUUCGUCAUGGCAAUGUAGUCACUUUUACACCACUGGUGGCUGAUCGUUAGUUUUUAUAUUCGUAAUUUAGUUUCAAUGUCACGCGGUGUACGUACAUUCAAAUGAAGAAAAAAUCAGAUUGUCGGAUUUCACGUGAUAAUUGUUCGCGAUAGGCACCUAUACGAACGUACCUUAUGUAACGUAAUUUAUUUUAAUUUAUUUCGCCUUAUAAAAUAGGUGAUUUGCCAUGUUUUACAACGUUCACACCGUCGUCGAUGGCGACCAUUUUGAUUACGUAAUCCACUUCGCGAUACAACUGGUAAAUCGAGGUUCACCCAUAUUGUCCGCGCCGACGAUCUCGGGUGAUGCAGGCAGGUAACCUUCAGUUUAACAACCUAUAACAUUAUAUGGUUACUCGGCGAACGUUUGUUUAAUUAUUUCUGAGAUUUUUGCAUGAUUCGGGGGUGGUUAUCUAAAUAGAAAUUCGCCAGCGCAAACCUAUUUGAAUUUCCCUUCAAAAAGUAAACUUGUUUGGUUUUCAAAAUAUUUUCAGAUUAAACCGAUUAAGAUUUUUUUUUCAAUUGCCGCUCCGUGACAAUGUAAACCAAACUAUAGAUCCCAAUUUGCUCUCAUCAUAAAUCUGAAAAUUUACCUUAAUUAAAGAUUCCGUGAUUGAUAAACUUUACUGUUUUGUGUUAUUCAUUUUAGUGGAUGUCAAUAAAACAUUUGACAAAUUAUGUCCUGUAGUAGGGAAGUCUGUUUUACAUGCCUUGAAUUUCUAGUUGAACUGGUGUAAAUGACAAGUGAAUCGGGACUGUUGAUAGUGGUUCUGUUAAAUAACAGGGUUUCAAUUCAGUUUGUGCUGUCGAAUUUCUUGUGUAAGAGACCAUUUUCAGCAGAAAGUAGAGCGUGAAUAUUUAAAAACAUUAUUUUCGCGGACAGAUUUGGAAAUAGUGGGAUCAGUCUCAAAUUCUAUAUCUUAUUUCUAUCCGUGUGGUCUCAAUAAAAAAAAAAAAUUUUGGAACUUAAUUAGCUCUCGAGUCAGGUGAGCUGGCUGAGUAGGGUAUGUAGGUACACCAAAACUGGAACGCUGUGUUAACUUUGAAAUGGUUAUUACAGUCAUAGUAAUUAUUAUUAUCAUCUACCUAAUUGAUGUAAGCAUACCACCUCUCUCUAUAAUAAACUUUUAUUCAUAUACAUUUAAUAAUGUUUUCUUAUUGAAUAUUUUGUUGUUUUACUUAUUUUGUCAUUUUUAUUGAAUAUUUUUCGCAUUGGUAUUUGGCAAUUUUUAAUUGCUAUACAAUCCUAUUCCUAGCUUAAAAAAUGAAUCACGAUUUUGUACUAAAAUCACAGCAAAUAAUAAUAAUAAUUCGUAAUAAUACGAAUGUAUCAAAUAUUAAUUAUUAUAGUAUGUGUUAACACGUUAACCAAAGUUCAAAUAGUAAAUAAUUGUAAAAUUCAUCAACCAACACCAGUCCCGGAAAAUGGCCACGUGUUCGCCGACACUACAACAUUUAAUCAUUUAAAUAUUUAUCCCUGAAAAAUAAAUAAUUCGCUUAGGAAUUCGUCGUGUCACUAAAUAGGAGGGAUUGGUCGAUACAUAAAUCGGUAUUUGAUGGUAUCAAUUUUAUCGGUAUUGAUUUUUUUCAAAAUCGAUAUUUGACUCGAUAUUUUCGGAGAAAAAUAUCAAUAAUGUUUCUUGAAUAUGAAUAAAGUUUUUGAUAAAACUGGGUUUUCAACCAAUAAUUCCGCUAGUAUCAAUAUUAACUUGUGGUUUUUGAUUUCAAAUACCUGAUAUUGGGGUUUCAGUUUUAUAUCAUUAGUACAAUAUAUCAAUAUAAUAUCAGAUAUCGGUAAAAGACGGUACCGAUCUAUCCACAUGCGCCGGGUUUUGAAAAAUAUAAUUGGCGCCAUAAUUGGUAACAAUAAUAAAUAUACAGUAUUCUAACCUCAAAAUGUAAAAUUUAUUGUUGAUAAAUAAUCAUUUGUAAUAAUGAUCAAUUGAUAACUACUUGGUAAUAACAAUUUAGUCAUGUUGAUCGAUUUUCAUUUCUGUAUUCUGUGAUUAGUUUUGCCUCAGUAAAAAUUAAAAUGAUAUGAAUAACUAGUGGGCUUAUUGUGGUACAAAAUUUUUCAGGAUGGUUGAGUGCUGCUGAUACAGCCUCAUUUAUACAACGUAAUUUAGUGUACUGUGAAACUUCAGUAAAUCGACUUUGACCCACUGGUGAUUGGUAUUAACCCGUCGCCAAAAAAUGAGUCCUAUUAAGACCUUUAAAACAAAUGUUUAUCGAUUACCAUUAAAUGUUAAAUUAUUAGAUACCUAUAGGUUUCUAUUUAUGUAUCCACCUUAAAAGACUGAUUACAUAAUUUCAAGACUUAUUGAUGAUGAACGUUGGUGAACUUCUAUAUGAGGUGCUAAUAUAUUAUUUAAAAACGAGUUGUAUUUUAUUUUAAUCUAACAUUUUUUUGGAAUAGAGAAUCUGAAAUGUAAAAUGCAUCUAUAACAUUUUCUCUUUUGUUUUAGACCUAUUAUAAUCAUAGUCGUCGUUUUUGUGUUGAAGAACAAAUAAUGCUGCCAUUUCUUUGAAUGCUAUAUUGUUAAGUUGGCCGUUUUUAAAACCUAAUAAAAUACUCAUGAGAAUAGAAAAACAGUUAUGAUAACAUUGAUAACUCAUAAAAAAACAAUAUGGUUAGUGAUUUUAGUUAGUGGUUAGUAAAAUUGAGGAUUCAAUUUUGUCACUAGUUUUUAUGCAGUAGGCAUUUAUGCAAAUAAUCGAACGAUUUUCAAUCUAUAAAAUUUAAUCUUUUUUUCGAAAAUUCAAAAAUAUUAUAUGCCACGACUUAUUUAUUUGUUUGCAGCAAACGGAUUGCGUCUCGAUAAUAUUUAACAACUGCAAUAAUUGCGUCCGAUGUAAAUACGUUAUUUUCCUCACCAUUUAAUACAGCGACUGUUAAUAGCAAAAUAAAAUAUUAUAUUGCUAAUGGUAGGUUAAAAAUAUUGUUUUCGUCGUUAAUUCAUUAUUAACUAAACAAAUAUUGAUAUAUAAUUAAAAAUAUAUAAUUAUAAUUAUAGUAAUAAAAAAAAAUAUAAGUAUGGUUAGGUUAGGUUUAUAUUAUUGUAUACAAAUGUUAUACUAUUAUUUAUGGAUUAGUGAACAUUUAAAUGAUACAGUUUUGAUUAUAUCAAAACGUGUUUCGUUUACGUCGUAUUUAAUAAUUUGUUUUCUUAAAUUCUUAUUUUGCACAUAGGUAUUUCACGUCUUAUUUUCUUUAUUUGACCACUACCGUGAGUUCGUAUGUAAGUAUCUUUUUAAACGGUUUACCAUCUGAAGAUGAAGCUUUCUUGUGCAAAAAAACCGGGACGCAAUUAGUAAUAUGUCAUUAAUUUCAAUUUUUAUAUUGGGGAUGCGAUUCGUGUGCAGCCAAUUUGUUUGUAGCAUUCGAUGAAAAUGUAUCACAUUUCAAUAAUUGGCACCCCCCCCCUCUCAGUCUGUUAUUUAUAGCGAGCGCUUUGCCCUCUGGAAAUAUUACGACGGGCGCUCGUGGACGAAGGAAUAGAAAAAUACCAAUACUCGUACAAAUAUAUUGAAUCGCGCGCAUCAUUCCGAGUUUGUUGUAAAAUUGUCGCGAACUUCACGCGAAUUAACCGCGCGUUAUUAGCGGCUUAUUGAAAUAUCUCUGUCAUCGUCGUUCCGCCACUUCCUACUGUGUUUAGUCAACCUACGUAUGGACAUUAUUGUACAAACUUCUAUUCUCGUCUGUAUAUAAUACAACUAACAUUAUAGGACUGCCGCUAAGGUUUCCGUUUUUGUUUUUUCACCUUGGUAUUGUAUCAAUUAAAUUUAUAAUAAUGUUCAAGUGUGUUUGUGUUAGUUACGAAAUCGACUUGCGGUGGGCCGUGUUUGGCCUCAAUUUUCCGUACACUUAUUAAAAUUGACUUAACCGCGGCGACAAAAACCAAUUACCUAAUUAAAAUACCGCCGCCACUAUCGCUAUCGCCGUAAAUAUAUGUAUUAAGACUUUUGUUCGAUCACGCGUUAAAAAAAAACCGUCCACAUUAUGAUUAAAUAUUUUAGUUGCGGAUGGGUACUAAAUAAUACUCGAUUUUUGUUUUUUUUUUUAAAUUCUAAAUUUAACCUAAAAAAAAAGUACCACAGUUCUGCAUGAUGUAAUAUUUUCGCUAAUGGAUUGGUACUUAGCUUGUAAUAAUAUUUUUAUCACGACGGGCCUGCUGAAGAUGCGAUUUCAAUUAUAUAAGGUUAUUAAUUAGCUAUAUUAUUUGGGUAUCAAGAAUAUCGAAGAGAAUAUAGUUUUUUUUGGCCCGCCAUGAUUUGCCGACGUAAUAUAUAAACGUACAUAUUUUUAACGUUGAACCUCUUUUCUCUGGUAACAAUCGAAAAAUCAUGUUACAUUUAUAAAAAAGACGCCACUAGUGGCAUGCCCUGAAAUUUUCAGUGGAUGAGAGUGUAAUAAAUAAUAAUUAUUAUUCACAAAUAAAUCAUAGAAUCUUCGUUUGUUACCUAUACCUAACUCGAAAAGAAAAUUUAAAAGCCGAAUCCGAAAAGCAAAUUUUUAUUUAAUUUAUCGAGCUUUUUUCCUUUUACUUAGGUUAAAUAUUUAAUUCCUGCUAGAUAAACUUACUAAAUAAAUAUUCAUAUUUGUUGUGUUUUUAAUCGAAUGGUGGUAGGGGAAGGCGAUAUAUCAUAUCUCUCUUUUCGCACGCUGCUGAAUCCAACAAAUUGAUUCUGAUUGUUUGCCUUUAAUCUCGCCUUUAACAAUGUCAUGUAAUAUAUAGGAAAUUUAUUUUCAGCUAAACCUAUAGAGAUUUUUCGUUUUUAAUUCUAUACAGUAUAGUUUAAUGUUUACCUAGCUAUUAUCAAAUUUAAAGAUAGCAUAUUAUUAUCGAUUAUUUUCUUGAUAUAUUUAAUUUAAAAAUAAAUAAAAUAUAUUUUGUAUUGAUUCAAUUUGUGUAGAUAUUUUAAAGAUGUGACAGCAAAAAUAAAUCCCUCUAUGUGUGGUGUCUUCUUAAUUUUUUGAAAGUCUCAAUACUAUAGAGGGUGGAAUAAAGGAUUUUAUUGGAGGAUUAUAAGUGAAUUUCAUUUUUUUUUUGUUGUCAAUUAUUGGGGAAUCUUUUAAGAGGACGUUAUAUCCACAUAUGUUGUCUCCGUCUUACAACCGCGUGACAGAGCACAUUUUCGUGCAGCAGGGACAAUAAGGGCCGUAUGUAAGGGAUGUUUGAGGGGGAGGGAAUAGCUCUCCUGGUAUUUGUUAAGGGGCGUUAAAUUUUCACGGCAACUAUAAAAAAGUUUUCGGAAAAAUUAUAAAUUAUAUGAAUAAUUCAUAUAUUUUAUAUACGGGGUGAUCAAUCUAUCAUAAGACACUCAUUAUCUCGGUAAGUAUUAACUUUUUUCGAAAUUUGUUUUCUAGAACAUUUAAGAAAUAAGCUGCUCUACAAUUUUAUAUUUUUUUUUAUUAUUAUUAUUUUUUUCUCUCUUAUUUUCGGGUAUAAAACCACUAUCCACUUUUGAUUUUAAAGAGGCAACCUAUAUUAAAAAUUACAUAAAUAGACGUAGUAUUAAUUCUUUAGACUUUCAACUCACCGGCUACUCUUUUAAUGGCUGUAGGUAAUAAAUUUAUUUUUGAUUAUACUUAGUAGUCAUUAUCUUUAACUGUCUUUUUUCUUUUAUUUGUAGUUUUUUACAUAUUCUACGUUAAUUGUAUUUUAGAUGCACAACUUUUCAGCCCUUAGAUUUUAUUAAUUUGUAAUAGGAUUAUAUCUGUCUGUACAUUUGAAAAAUUAAAUAUAAAUGUUGGUGUUUAAGUUUUUGAUUUCCGUCAAUCCGUUGACGAGAUAUUCCACUUUUAAGUUUUGUUUGGAGGAGAGUAGUGGAGUAUCAUUUGUGUGACAGUACGACGUGUGGUAUGUUAAUAAUGUACCACUUUUCUCCAACCCAAACUUCUGAAAGGAAAUCUAACUGGGAAGGUACUUUAGAGAGGUCAUUUUUUAAUUUUCCUAGCAGUUUUCACAAUAUUUUUACAAUAUUAAACAAAUAUUAUUAAAGAAAAUACAUAAUAAUACCUAUUUAAUUUAUCAUAAUAUGACAUAUAUAUUGUUGACACAACAUCACUAUUAACUGAAUUCCGCUCAGAAUGGUUUUUCGUUAGCAAUGAUUUAUCGUUGCUUUCAGAUAUACAUUAAAUUUCAUUCUGUAUCCUAAAUUCCCAGCUUUUCACCAACAACAGUGGCUGCUGGACUCACGUGCGAAGUAUGUCCGUUUUUUUUAAACAUUUUUAAAUGGUUUGUUUUUUUUUCUAAAUACUAAAUUAGAUACCACAAAUCUCUAUAAUUAGUAUGACUAUUUAAGUAGUUAUAAAAUUAAUCAUAAGCAAAGUCGAGGGUGCCAAAAUGUUGUUGUCCAUGGGCGCCAAAAUCAUAAAUACGGUACUGGGCACAAUUCUAUGCUGUUAAUUUUAGUAUAUUAGAGUGAAUUGAUCUAUUAUCGAACUUAAAGAUUAGAACAUUAUCUGUGUCGUGUCCACUUUUUUUUCGUAAUUUAAUCUUUGAGAGAGAUGAAUAUAUGCAAUAUCACAAUUUAAAAAUACUUAUAUCUUGUUUAAAAAUUAUCUUUAAGUUUGAUAAUACGUUAAUUAUUUCAAUAUUUAAACCAUCGGCACAGAGUUGUCUCUGCUGAACUAAAAUUUGCUAUAUCACGAGGUUAUAAGACGGGAGACAGCACGUCAUGCUGCUAUAACGUCUUCUUAAGAUUUUAACACUAUUUUAUCAAAUUUUCUAAUUCUUAAAUAUCUUUCCUCUUAUAUUUUAAAUAAGUAAAUACUUAGUAUAUUAACAUUUGGUUUUUAAAUAGAAACCAACGAUUUUUCUUUCAUUCUAUGGGGGAAAAAUAAAAAAAUGUUAUAUUUGUCUUAUUGCUUGUUCUAUAUCGGAUGGUGUAUGUAAAAAAUAUAGGUUGCCAUUAGAAAAUUAAAAGUUUAAGUAUAUUUAUUUUAGAUGUUUUUAAGGAGUUAGGUAAAAAUUGAAAACAGUAGUGAAAUAAACGAUUUGAUAAUGGUUGAAAAAGAAAAACAGAAAUUCAAUUUAUUUAAAAAUUUAAAUCCUGCGAAAAAAAUCGCUGUUUUGUGAAGAUAUGUUGACCACUUUGUAUUUAUAUAUUAAAGCGAUACGUUUCUUAGUUUUACCGGAUUGAAGUUAUUACCUGCAGAAAUAGACAUUAUAAAACGGUUGCUGUAUAUUAUUAUUAGCGAAGUUAAAAAUUGUCCAAUAUAAUUUAUUUUACUUAUCAGAUUCUUCAUUCGAUAAGCUCGAGUUUUCGAUUUUAGUAUAACAAUUUACUCGAGUAUAAUUUAGUUUUGUUGCAAGUACGGCUAUUAUUAUUGUUAUAGAUACGUAGGUAUACUAUCACAUCAUGAAUACUGUAAUAGUUAAUACGAAACACAAUCGGAAGUCUGAAGUCGAUCGUACGCGUAUACUUGUUGCACACUUGUUUAAAAGUUUAUGGUGGAAAUAGAUAUAGAUACCCAGAUUAUAUAUAUAUAUAUAUAUAUAUUUAAAAAAAAAAUCUUUAUUUUCAAGUGAUUUUCGUCCAGAAACUGUCGACAACGUCAAUUGCAGCUGAUAUAAUAUUUUAUUAAGUAUAGUAUGUACAGGUACGUAUAAAUAAAUGAUACAUUAUUACUGCCUGUUUACCUAUACUGCUUCGGUACUUUAUCAUUAAUUUAAUUGAAGGUUAGGUGUAUAUGUCAAUUUAUGAUGACGAAUAUAGAAAUUGAAUUAUUGAUGGGCAAUGGUUUUUAUAAAUUCGGUGAAUAUUUAGUGACAACUUAGGUAUUAUAUAUUUUAAAGUUACAAUAAGCAUUUACCUAUAACAUGUAUAUAUUUUAAGUUUGAUUUAAUAUUUUUUUUGUCCGAAGGUAUCGAUUUUUCCAUACAUUUUUUAUAAUAUAGAAUUUCUAUAAAUCCAACCGAAAAACGCAAGUGGUUUGAUUAAAAUCAAUGUGUCCGUAUAUAAAUGCGCAAUAAAUUCCUUAAAUAUUCAAAAUUUAUUCGAACGUUAAUAAAAAAAUAAAUUUCAAUAUAUGUUAUUUAUCUACUUGACUGAGAAAAUAUAACCCAGGGAUCAUACCUACUUUUUAAAUUAAUUUUUAUCUUGAUAUUAAUAAAUUAACAACAUAUACUAUGAUGUCCACACACUUAACUGUAAUUGUCGAGGUAUUCUUUGGUUCAAUAACUAUCAACUAUUUCUAAAAAAUGAAAAUAAUAAUUAAACCAUUUACGAAUAAAAUAAGUAGCUCCUUAAUAGGCAUAUGCUGCCUAUUAAUUAGUGCUUUGAAAGAAAAUGUUAACCAUUUGAUUGCGUUUUUGAUAUUAAGUUUAUGAGUACAUAGAGUAAACAUUUGUUUAGGUUGUGUAAAUCAGUUUCGAAAAAAUGCGUGGUUUAUUGAUUGUUUGUUAUAUAUAUAAUGAGUAAAAAUAAAAAGCAAUUAUGCAAUUGUAAUUUUGAUUACACUUUUGUAAAAAAAAAACGCAAAACUUAAGGUGGGACGGUUUUUUGAAAAAAAUGGCGAACUAAUUAAUUCAUUUUUUUUUUUAUUAAGUAUAACUAAAAAAGUACUUAAUACUAGUGUAGUCAAUUAUAUAAAAAAACAUCAAAUUCGCAGUUUAAAAAAAAAAAAAAAACGCUCAAAUCUUGAGAGAUAAAAUCUUUUGGCGUAAUAUAUUGGAAUUCCAUUAUAAAAUCGAAAUCUAAUACUUUAAGUUCACAUUAUACUUAAUCCGUAGAUAUCUAUUAAAAAAUAGAAUAUUAUAAUUAUAAGGUAUAGUUUUCGAAUACCUGAAUGAAAAUGUACCAGAAUAAUUUAUUUGUUUUUGUUUUUCUGAUGAACCUAAUUAAUAUUAAUUGAAUUAAAAGUACCCAUUACCUAAUAUAGUUACUCAUUAAACUAUUUUAUGUUUUCUAAUCAUCAAACUAAACCCCACCUUUGACCCCAACUAGACUUUAAAGUAUCGAAUUCAUAUUUUAUUUAUUUUACUACUUGAAUUCAAAUAAGUAUUGUAAAUUAUAGUCUUUCAUUUUUUUCCUGUUUCAUAAUCUGUUGAUAUGAGAUUAUAAUUAUUAUCGUAGCCCUUCUUAGUUUAUAUAAGAUUAUUUUUGUAUACAUCUCGUUUAAAAACCUAAAUUAAUAUUUUCUUAUCGAAUUAAUAUUUUAUAUUUAUAAUAAUAUGUAUUAUUAAUUUUUAUCUUAAUUGCUGAUGUAAUAUAUACGUAUUAUAGUAGGUUAUAAUAAAACUCACGUGUUCCAAAAAAUGGAUGGGAAAAUGAAUUAGCCAUAUUGUUUCAUAAGUUUUUUGACCGUAGAUUUGAACCGAAAAGUAGUUGUUUUACAAACUAGUUUCAUUAGAUCAUGUGUGUUUUGAUAUUUAAUAAUAUUUUUUAAUCUUUUUUUCGCUUAAAAUAGCCUGAUAACAUAGCGUAUCAUAGCAAAUUCCAUUUAAACUAUUAUAAAAACUCACGUGUUCCAAACUAUAAGUUACAAAAAAAAAAAAAAGUCUAAAACCUUAACUUUUGAUCGAAGAUUUGAAUUUCUUAUUCUAAAGCACAUAAGGCAAAUAUAUUUUGAAUUUAUAUACUGUAUAGGAAAGGAUAUUUAUUUCAGUUUUUUCUUACUUCUACGCUUUACACUUGUGUUGUUUAUAUUGCUGAAAAUAAAUUUAUUUAAAUAUUAUUUGAUGACAAAAAUUACUAAUUAUUCUAUUUUGCCGUUCCUUAAAAUAUUACAUAUUAUAGGUACAAUAUACCUACAUUUUUUCGAGUAUAUUAUUACCACAACGAAUAACGCAUGACUCAAAAUAAAGUUUAUCUAUUCUUGACAAUGACGUAAUGAAACGAAAUUAUCAAUAAUUGUAUAUUUGAAGGAUAUGCAUUUGUGAACCUACCAUUUUUAUUUGGGCUGUUAUAAUAUAAUAUAUUAUUGACAUUUCGACAUUUUGUAUUAACUGCAGUUUUAGUUUUUAGAUUUUAAUAUCUAAUUAUAACAUUACUUAAUCAACAGUUUGGCUUAUUAAUAAAUUAUGAUGGUUAUAAUAAUUUUAUUAUGAAUGUUCAACCAUGUUUGUAUAUUAAUAUUUAAUAUUUUGAUUGUAUUAAUAUUGUGGAAUAUUAGUUGUACUUGACAUAAAAUUCCAGUGAUUAGCUAAGCUCCAUCACUAUUGUCGAAUUUCCCCCCAAAUCUAUUUGUCGCCGUUAUUUUUUUGAUCCUAAAUAGUUGUGGUUGCCAGAGUUUGGUUAGUCUAUAGGAGUAUUUAAAAACCAGUAUUUUCUGUAAAAACACAACAUUUGAGCAUAAAAUUGAUUGAGAAAAGUGUUGAAAAUUGAAAGUCUCAAAAGACACAUCCUUAUACCAUGUGUAUAAAAUAUUUCAUGCCUAGCUUCAUUUGAGGGGGAGGGGGCACUUUUUUUCCUGAACAACACGGUGCAAUUCGUAUCAAAUUUCAAUAAAAAUGUGUUCAGUUCAAUAUCUGUCUAUAAAACAACCUAUAUUCCCGUUUUAAGCUAAUUUGGUCCAGAAGGAAUCGCUAAGAGAAUCAAAAAGUAGUAAGUAAAAGAUAUAUAUACAUACAACUCACACAAUCCAGGGCAAUGAUCUCCAUUUUCGGGAAAAAUUCGACAAAUUAUGAAAGUAAAAUGUAUUUUAGAUACCGAAAUACUACAAAUAAACAUUAUUAAAAGAUAUCGUAAACUAUAAAAAGCCAAAUAAAACAAUAAUUUUUCUCUUAUUAAUUAAACAAAGAUACGACUUGAAAUGUUGUUUAGAAAAUUUCUCAUUUUUUAAUUUUUCAAAUCUAUUUAUUUAUAUAGAUGGCAACUCUACAUGGUUAGUAUGCAAAUUACACAUGUUUAAGAUAAUACUUAUACUAUAAAGAGUUGAGAUUUAAAAAAAAAUUGUAUUUAUUAAACAUUUGUCUUAACGAUAAAAAAAAAAAUGUAUUAUUUUGUAUGUAUUUUGUCUGUGUACAAACGUUUUUUCGACCAGAUUACUUGCUCCAAUAUUCAAAUACUUCAUAGGAGCUUUCCUAGCUAAACAGAGAGAUCGUUUUUUUAAGGGAAUUUGUUAACAGAUAUCUUCUUACUUUGUCUAACAUACGAGUUACAUACAUUUCGUAGAAAAUUGGAACGUUUUUCCUUCAAUCAGUCUGAUCGAAAAAGUCUGUAGCGAAACGAUAAGAAUUCUGAAAACAAAUUUAAAUUCAGCGUGAAAUAUACAUGAGAAUGAUCUCGUUGAAGUAACAUUUAUUUAAUUUUCGGAAUUCAAGAAUCGAUGUUUGAAGAAUUUGAUUGACUUUGGUCACGUUCUUGUGUAAUUCACGCUGAAUUCAAAUCUGUUUUACGAAUUCGAAUUAAUCCACUGUACACAUUGAUUGAACUAAUUGAAGAAAAGUUGGUCUUAAUUGCUACGUUGAGUAUAUGUGUUAGACAAAGAAAGAAAGUAUCGGUAUUCAAUAAAAUUCUUAUAAAAUAAACAUUCAUAAAACAAAAAAAGUUUGUAACGACAAUAUGACCUUGUUUUUGGGUGGACAUUCUUGUUUGGACAAAAAUGUCACUGUUAAAAUAUGUUGAACUUGUAUGCACUUAAUAGCCAGCUAUUAUCUCGUUUGAAAUAAACGUUUAUGUAAACGGAGUUUAUCUUAAUAUUGCAGAUUUUAUGUUUUUUGUUCAUGUAUAUAUAAUAUUCUUUAAAAGCUUUUAAACGAAUAUUUUAAGGGACGAUUUUCAAGAUUUAUAACAUUGUUGUACAUCAUAAAUAGAUCUCUGUGAAAAUUCGCUGACCUGUCAUUUAAACCUAAAAUCGUGUUAAAUAAAUGAAUAUAUUUUGCCGCAGUAAAUAGUAUAAGUUUGCAUGAUGGGGGCUGUAUUCAAACUAUAGGUUAAUUGUAGAUUAUUAUAACGGUUCAAUACGUGACCUACAGAUCAUAAUAUUUUAAUAAUAGUUUAAUACACGACCCAUACAGAUUAAUUAAUGGUUCGAUAUUAUAUAUAUAUAUAAUAUAUAUAAUAAUAUAUAUAUAUAUAAUAUUAUAUAUCGUUAUUUUAUACAUUAUACAUGUAUAGUCAAAAGUAUAUAAUUAAUUUAUAUUUGAUUGAAAAUGUUUGGUAAAAAAAAAAAACCAUACACUUGAUAUUUUCAUCGAAUUAAACGGCAUAUACUGUACAUACGGCAUAAACGGGGUACAAUUUUUAAAACAUUCUGUCAUUUAAUUUAGUUAUUUAUAGUCAUUUAACAUUUUAUAGAUUUUUUUGGCUCUUAUUUGGUUUUAUGUGAUUGACAAAAUUGUUUUAGUUGAUCGGAAGUUGUAUAAUUCGUGUUAAAAACAAAAAAAAAUUUACAAAAUCCAAGUAUUAUUUUUUUAUAAACGUCUUAAGUUUAAAUUAUAAAAAUUAGGGCAUUUCAAAACAUGUUUAACCGAACUUCGCUCAGAAUCGUUUUACGUAUAGAUAUAAAUUAUAUUACCCUAUAUAUCCACCGUUUUUGGGGUUGGGAGUUUGCAUACAAGUAAUAACUUUUUAUUACAAAAUAUUUUAGGAACGUCGUCGUGCGUCUUUGUCUAUAAAAAAUAUCACUUCAGAUUAACCCGUGAAAAUUAUCUAAACGGUGACGUUGUGCUAAAAAUUAUAAAAUUAUAAUUUAUAUUUACGUAAUAAUUGUAUUAGUGAAAAUGUUAAACAUAUAAUAUAAUAUAACAAGUUAAAUUGCCACUAACUAUAACACCAUCGAGUUUUAUCGAUAAAACUUACUUACUGUAAUAACUUUUUUUAAAUUUAAAAUACAAGUUUACGGUAUACAUACAUGAAUAAUUUAAAAAACUUAAUAACGUGAAAAUCAAGGUGAAAAUAUUAUAUUUUAUAUUAAUGUUAAUGUUAAUUAAUGUUAUUGUUAGCAUAAAUAUAUCUAUUUAAUAGUGGUUUUUUUUAACACGAUCAAAACAUAUACAUAGUUAGCAUUCCCGAAUAAAUGUAGAAUAUGAAAAUGUACAUACGAGUUUAAGUGUGAAAAUUAUAAGUGGCAUAAUGUGCAUAUCAAACAUUUAUAUUACGGCUGUGGAUUUUUAUCAAACUAAUUUUUGUUUUUAUGAACUGAUUGUAUAUAUUUUAGUACAAAAUUAGAAAUUAGUAUGAAACUGUUUUUGGUGAAAUGUUUGAUUCGCAGCCGCCCAAUAAAUUUAUAACGAUACAAUGAUACUACAAAUGAUGAUCAAUACAUUUUAAUAUGUACAAUAAUUUGAUUUAAUUUAAAUUAUUAACGUUAUAAUAUUGGUCAGCACUGAGAUGUGCAUUAUUUAAAAAAAUAGUGUUUAACUGGGUGUAUCAGAUUAUAGAAGUGUGUCCAUUAAAACAAAAAUAUAUAUUUUGCCUCUUUUAAGUAGGUAUAAGAAAAUUAUAUUAAAUUAAUUUUUUAGAGAUUGUCGGAUCAUAUAUAUUCUAAUGGUAAAAACUUGGCAACGUUUCAUUUUAGAUUUUUUUCAAGUUGUUGGGCCACUAAAGAAAACUGGGAAGUUGAUUUACUUUGCAUAGAUACACAUAUGUUAUAAAAUCGGGAGUCCUACUGAAGUCUUAACACUCUUAUGUAGGUUUUUUGGAAGGACAUUUUUGGAACUUUGACAAAUUUUUCGACCCCUUAGUAAUUUUUCUACGGAAUCUUUUAUACGAAAUGUAUGAUGUGUGCUUUUAAUAUUUAAUAUAAAUAUAAUAGAAAUUAUUGGUAUAGUUAUUACGAGGAUAAAUAAUUAUGUAUGUAUUUUUUCUAUUUUUUUUAAAAAAUAAACCCUAAUUUGAACUAUUUUGAAACCUAUAAUAUAAUAAUACUGUAUUAUGAAAUAAAUGUAUGUAUAUAUUUGAAUUCGAAGUAUACACAAUAAUUGUAUAAAAUAACUUGGUUAAAGUUCAUUGUGUUUCUGUAAUGUUUGCUUUUGCUUGGGCAAAGAAAAUAGUCGUGUCGCCGUUGGCUUCUAUUAAAGCGAAAUUUGUUUUAUGCUUUUCCUAAAUCGUUGAAGGGGUAAUAUUAUCUUUAUUUAUUCUCGCACUAAAGCAAUUAUAUUACCCUCACCCUCAAAGCACACCCUUUUUCGACAAUUUCUAUGGUAGGUAUACAGAAAGUGGUUAAAAAUUAUCGUAGAAAGCCAAAAUUUUGACAGAAUACUUCAGAAAUGUUUUUCGUUAACAAUGUUUUAUCGUUGCUUACAGAUAAAAAUUAAACAACUUCAUGUAUAUUUCCUCCUAUAACAGUGGUUCAUCCAUCAGCUCAUCAGCAGUAUCAGCUCUUUUUAGUAUUGAUGGUGUUUAUUUUCAAUAUUCUUCUUAUUGCAUUAAAAAUUUGUUUUUUAGGACUUUUAUUGAGUUUAUUUUACAUCAAGUUUCUAAUUAUUCAUUGCUAUUUAAUAUUUAUACAAUAUUCGUUAAUGUUUUUGUUUUUCAUGUUCGACAUAGAAACAAUAAAAUAAGUAUAAAUUUAGUUUUUUUUUUUGUUUAUAGGAAGGGAAGGGAGUGCACUUGACGAGUAUAGCUUUUUAUCGGGAGAAUCACCGCUGUCGUUUUAUAUUUUAUGCGUUCUCAAUUGUAUUUUUUGGAUUAUAUGUACAGGAGAGAGAGGGAGAGAUGAAGAUAAAGGGAGAAAAAAGGCGCCGUGACGUCAUUCGUUUUCACAUCGUCGAUCGAUGCAUCGGCCUAGAACAAAUUAACCCUCUUACCGGCGGUAGUGGUCGACAUUGCAGCUCUACAACAUCAUCAGAGCUCGUGUCUAGACUGAUUAUUUACGGUGGUUUGCACUUCAUAUAAUAUAAUAAACCUAUAGAAAUAUUAUAUGAACUAUAACUACUAGGUAUUUUCGUAUAGUCUGUACAUAAUAUGCACGAUUAUAAAUAAAUAAUUGUAUAUUUAAAAUAAUGUAUUAAUAUUAGAUUUUCUAAAAAUAAAAAUAGGUACUUACUUACUCUUCGCCGAAUUGUAAUACCGUUAAUAAGUAUAACUUUUACAAAAAUCGUUGGUCCCAGUGAAGAAUGAUUUAAGGCAAUUUUGUAUCAUUUGCAAUACAAGUAGAAACAAGUAGCAUAAAUUCAAUUUUGAAAAUUUCUAAAUGACCACAUACUUAAAUGCAAGCGUUUUAAAUGGAUUAAUGGCGUACAGUCACAUACUUUUUUGCUAAAUAAAAUGAGCAUCUUUGUGACUUAAGAUAUUUUAAUCGUCUGUAUAAUAUGUAUAAAAUAUGCAUGCACUUAACAUCAUUUAGACAAGGGGGUACCAACUACCUAAUUAGUGGUUUCACCGCCAAAAAUGAUUUAGGACUGACUCACUGACACCCGAUUACUCGAUUACUCGUAGUCGACUACUCGUUUCGUCAACGCGUAUUAAUUGGUAUCUGGUAAUAAUGGAAAAAGUCGCUGAUAAAUUGUGAUCUCACAAAACACAAAAAUAAUUUGUAUGUGGACAUUUAAAAUAAAAAAAACUUUUUUACUUUGAUCAAAGAGCUAUUAAAACAGCAAACAAAUUUCGAGAGCUUGAAUUCAUAAAACAAAAAAAAAAACUGUAAUCGGUCACAAAAGAUGAAAACCAAAUAAAAAAAAAAAAAGUCUAAAACCUUAACUUUUGAUCGAAGAUUUGAAUUUCUUAUUCUAAAGCACAUAAGGCAAAUAUAUUUUGAAUUUAUAUACUGUAUAGGAAAGGAUAUUUAUUUCAGUUUUUUCUUACUUCUACGCUUUACACUUGUGUUGUUUAUAUUGCUGAAAAUAAAUUUAUUUAAAUAUUAUUUGAUGACAAAAAUUACUAAUUAUUCUAUUUUGCCGUUCCUUAAAAUAUUACAUAUUAUAGGUACAAUAUACCUACAUUUUUUCGNAUAAUUGUAUAUUUGAAGGAUAUGCAUUUGUGAACCUACCAUUUUUAUUUGGGCUGUUAUAAUAUAAUAUAUUAUUGACAUUUCGACAUUUUGUAUUAACUGCAGUUUUAGUUUUUAGAUUUUAAUAUCUAAUUAUAACAUUACUUAAUCAACAGUUUGGCUUAUUAAUAAAUUAUGAUGGUUAUAAUAAUUUUAUUAUGAAUGUUCAACCAUGUUUGUAUAUUAAUAUUUAAUAUUUUGAUUGUAUUAAUAUUGUGGAAUAUAAGUUGUACUUGAAAACCAAAUAAAAAAAAAAAAAUAGCUGAUAUGAGGACGGGUGCGGUCACUUAAUUUUACUUGUAAUCAACGAUAAACUAUUACUAACGAAAAAUGAUUUGGAGCGAAGUUCGAUUAUACGUGUUUUGAAAGGCCAUAAUAUUUACGAUUUGUGUGAAAAUUUGAUUUUGAAACUUCUCUAAAAAAUGAAACAAUACAUGUAUUUUUUUUAAAAAUUCAAUUUUUUUUUUUUUUUGAUUACUAAAUAAAUCUUAUAAAGAACCACCUGUCAAAUUUUCAAGUAUUUCUGUUUAGUCUAACAAUUUAAUCCAUAGAGUACCUACCAAAUAAAAAGUACAAAAUAACUCAAAUGUUUUGACAAUUUUACUACGUCUAGAAAAAGAAAAAUAUGAGUUUUCUUUCAAAAUUUCAAGUCUUAACGAAUAUUUUUAACUGAAUUACAUUUAAAAAAAAAAAAAAUUAAGUAAUAAAAUAAUUAUAUUAUUUUUAUACAUUUUUCCGUACCGUCCACGUAUUUUUUGGUUUGCUCAAUUAUUUAAAAAAAUACUUUCUUGGUUACCAACUAGAUUAAAAUUUUUACCAAAGUACCUUGUUUUUCUAUUGGAGCAAUUUAAAAACAAAGAUCGUAUUUUUCGUCCUUUUUUUGGUUUUUUGCAAUUAUUAUGAAAAAUACUUCCGAUACUUUGUAAGUGGCAUUAUAUUAAAAGAAAUAAUCGAUCUAAUAAAAUAAUAAAGUAAAAAUAAAAUUAUUAAAAUGGUUAAUACUGGGAAAUAAAUAAAAUAAAUAUAGCAAAUAAAUAUUUAAAUAAAAAUGUAUAUAUAAUAAUAAAAAAAAUAAAUGAAUCAAUGCGUCGCCUGGAGGAUUAUGAUAAGUGUAUUAUACGACCGAUUUCGAAUUAAAAAUUAAUCAUCAAGUAUAUCACAGUCAAAAUAUAAAACGUGAAUGAAUAUAAGAAAUUAAAUGAAGGAAUACAAAGAAAAAAAAUUAUACAAAUCAGUCGUUUUACAUAGAAUACAGAAAUAAUUAUUUUUAAUAGGAGAGAUCAUUUAAAAUUAGUUAUUAUUGACAUAGAUAUGUUAAGAAAUAUAAAUUAUUUGGUUAUUUUUUAUAUUCAAUCGUGUUUUACAUUUUCACUGUGACAUACCUGAUGAUGAAUUUUGAAUUCGGAACCAGUUGUAUGAUACACUUAUCAUAAUCCUCCAGGCGACGUAUUCAUUCAUUUAUUUUUUUUUUUUAUUAUUGUAUAUACAUUUUUAUUCAUAUAUUUAUUUACAUUAUAUAUUCGAUCUCUUGUCAUUUUUCAAUUGGAGCAAGAUUUCUGGUAGAAAACAUAGUUUUCAAAAUAAAUGCAAUAAAAUCGGUAACGCAGCCCCGCGCCGUAAAUAUUUUCCGUUUUACCUAUAAUUUUCUUUCGGGUUUUUCCGAAUUAUUUUGAAAACCUCUUAGAAAAUCAAAAAAAUGACCUCUCUAAUAUACUAACUAAAGCAAAUUUCCUUUUAGAAAAGUUACCUACUAUAAUUGUGUAUAUCGGAACAAGUUUUCGAAAACUUGUUUACAGACAAAAAACAAAUACAAAAUAUACAUUAUAGUACAAUCAUUAGCUACACUCUGAAUCUAAAAUUAGUAAAACGAUUAUCAUUUGCAAUAGAACGUUAGGUAUAACAUUUACAACUAAUUUGAAUGACAUAAAACAUCCCUUUUAUCUAAGAAUAGGACGAUUUGUAUAAUGGAAUACCUAUUAAGACGAAAUAAUAUUCCAUGUUGAUUAAUUACUAUAAACUAUAAAGUUUAAAUAUUGAUAGUUGAUUUGAACUAUUUUCGUGAUUUUUACAUAUUAUUUGAAAUACUAUUAUAUUAAUCGAGAUGAUGUGACCAAUGUUUUACUAAUGCGAAUCGAGUAAUCGGCAAAUCGUUUCGACACGCCAAAAAUAAGUGUGAAAAUAAAGAGCGGUAGUAUAAAAUUUUAGAUCUUCAUGUUUCUUAAAUUUCUUAAACACGAAUAUUGAAAAAAUGUCAUACUAUUUGAGAUAUGAAUGUUAUGAUGUUGAUUGCUCUGGAUGCCGAACACCACGGUGUUCCGAUAUCGCCACCGAUCGUUUUUUCAACAUUUGAAUAUAGUUGUAAUCUGGUGCUGAAAACAAUGACCUUAUUGCUACUGAAAUUAAAUGACACAUUUCAGUGGCAUAUUUUCGACUUUUUCUGGGGUAUUUUUUGAAGAGGGUUCAAUAUUAAAUAUGUGUGUAAAUUCUGAUUGUUUAAUCGCCCAACUGUAAAACUAUUGUUAUAGUUAGUUACAACUAACUAUAAUCCAUCAAUAAUCAAUUAUUCUGUGUGAUAGAAUCUUUAUUAUAAUAGGUCCCUUGGUACAAAGGAAAAGGAUCCUUGUUUUUAUCGCACUUAAUAUUAUGUAGUCGCAGCUCGGAAACCGAAUAUAGCACAACGACAUAAAUAUACAUGAUUUCAAAAUUUAUUACUUAACUAUGCUGCAGCAACAUUUAUCAGAUUUGACAUUUUUAUUUUUUGGCUUUGGGAGGACCCCUGGAUCUCUAUUAAAAAAAUAUGCGCUACUUGCACAUUUGUUUAUUAAUUUCCUCAGUAUCUCGAGUACCCUUUAUCGCUCAUUUCGAUAUAUAUAUCUGUGUGUGUGUGUGUGUGUGUGUGUGUGUGUGUGUGUGUGUGUGUGUGUGUGUGUAUUAUGUAUACAUAUUUAUUCUAUUCUUGUUUCAGUGCACUAAAUAAUGAAUUUUACUCUCGUUUUGUUAAUAUUAUUUUAUACGUGCAUUGUGUUAUGUAAUCUGUAAAUCUUUUGUAGUGAUCGAGCUGCGUAUUAUUAUUUUAAACGAAGGUUAAAAUAAAAUAAUAUAUAAAAAGCUUUGUCCAAAUCCUGCGACCUUUAUUUACUGCUGCAUUGUGAAAUAUACUAAAAUGUAUUUUAUGACAAUAAUUAUUAUUAUUAUUGUCAUCGAAAUUACGAAACUGUCAGCAAAUGUUCGAAUUUUUCCUAAAUGUAUACAUAAAUUAUUUCUGUAAUACUAACUAAUCACCGAAUAUAUCACAUGUUUAAAUUAUAUACACAAAAUUCAUAGUAGAGACACCAAUAGAAAACUAUCACGGUAGUCUGAUGUGUAUGGAAGUUUAAUAUUUUUUUUUAAUCAAGUAAAAAAAUGUUAAGUUGUCGAUAAUCCAUUCGCAUAAGUUCACAGAAUAUGCAGAGAAAAAUUUAGUUUAUUAAUAUCGUAUAAUAACAAUAUGCCAUUUAGUUAAAUUCUGAGUGUAACAAAGACUGUAUUGGCUUUAAUGACUGAAUGACUUGUCCCAGAAAUAUUGAUAUGAUUUUCAAUUGUAUCAUAUUUUUGAAAGCAAAUUGAAUCUUGUUUGUGUAUUGGAAAGUUCACUGAUUUCUUGGAAUUUUCCUUAUAAUUGGGAAUACAAUAUAGGAAACCGGGAAAGUGUACGAUACUAUUUUAAAUUUUCAUAAAAUCGUAUCAAGAAGCGUAUAUUUUACUAGCAUUUUAGCAAUGAUUUAUUGUUGCGUAUAAAUAUAAAUUAUACAUCUUUAUGUAUCCUACCUUCCUAACUUACCAUCUAAAAUUAUAGAACAUCCAUCAGCAGUAUCAGCUAUUUUUUUUUUAUGUAUUGGCCAGGUAAAACUCUGAAAAAUCGGUAUUACUGAAAUAGUACAAUUUCAGUAAAAAAAAAAAAAAAAAUCCUUGAGGCACUUUUUUUGGGAAUCUGGCAUAUAAAAUAUUCCCUUCGCGAAUUACUCUUAGGUUUAACUGUGCUAAAGUACGUUUUAGAGUUUUAUUGACUAUAUGAGUUCUAUAAUGUUGUAUUUUUUGUCAUAAACAACAAGCCAUUCUAAGAAGAAGUGAAAUAUUUUAUCGUUUUGAGAGUUUUAGAAAUGAUUCUAUAAAGAAAAAAAAUAGUCACAUUAAUCCAUAAUGAUAUUUUUUUUAAAAUUUUGUUCAUACGUUAUUUUCAUUUUAUUAUAUAUUAAUAUAACGAUACUUUGAAAAAAAAAUACCCUAAGUUUAUACAUUGAAGAAAUUUAAAAAUAUUAUACCUACUUAAUACUUAUAUACUAUAGUAUUUACUAAUUUUAAAACUAGAUCGCCUACUUAAAAAAAAAACUAAUUCAAAAUAAACUGCAAUUUUGUUGUAUAAUUAAUAAAUACCUAAAUUAUGUCAUAAUCUAUUACCUCCGUUUUCUGAUAAUUACAUCCUAUACAUUUUAAAAUUUAAAAUUAAUCUAUUCGAUUCUUUUAAUUAGGUAUAUUAAUUCAACUGUUACCAGCAUUUUAUAUACAUAUAUAUAUAUAUUAAUAUUAUUUGAUUUUUUUUUAGAGCCUCGUCGAUUGGAAUCGACCGAUGUUCUGGCAAGUCGGAUCCUUAGGCCCAAAAUAUAAAGAAUGGGUUUUGGCGCCUGUCGAUCGAAAGCUGAGAUUAUUUGGUUCUGACUUUAUCGAAUCGCUCACCAUCACUUCCUGGUAUAUGGUGCCAUCGAUUUGGAUACCCGUAAUGUUGUACCUGAUAUUUAUUGGUUACCAGAGACUAAGGAGUAUUGUAGAUCAAACAUUAUUAGGUAAGUUUGUAAAUACUGAACUUGAUUGAAUUAUUACCGUAAUUUUAUUAUCUACUAACUAUCCUGCUUGCCGCUUUACGGCCUUGCCCGUGACAAAAUAAAUGCCCUUACCAUUAUUAUAUGACAAUCAAAUUCAAUUAUUGAAACUCUUCAUUUAUGUAACUAUGUAAUAUGUAUAAAGUUUUCCUGUCACAUUAUUCCUUUAUAACAACCAAAUUAAAUAAUAAUAGUUGUUUUUCUCUGUGUAACCAAGGUAACACAUAAAUCAACAUAAAAUAUUUGAUUUUUGUACCGAAAACCCCGUGUUAGCCCCAAUUAGGGUUUGAAUUCGUGGUCAUAGUAUAUGUUACCCAGAAUUAAUGUAUAGCUUUUUACCAAUUCUACCAGUGAAAUAAUUUUUAGAAUCAGAUCAGCAGUCCAAGAGAUUACCUCUUACAAACAUACAUACAUGCCACGCCAUACAAUCAUACAUACAUGCAUACAUACAUAAAUACAUAGAUACAUACAUACAAACAUACAUAAUACAUAAUACAUAAUACAUGCAUACAGCUUUUCCUCUUAAAAGUUAAAGUAAGAAAACUUAUAAUAAUAGUUGUUUUUCUCUGUGUUACCAAGGUAGUUCUUAAAUUUACAAAAACGUAUAUACAGUAGUGCAGGACGUUAAUUUUUAACGCUUUUAAAUAGUGAUUGAAUUUGGCGUUCUACAAAUCAAAAUAUUCAACACCAAAAUGUAUUUAAACUAUUGUUCCAUCUACUUACGGAAUUUCCAAUAAAUGUUGUAAUUUCCAAAUUAUAAAUAGUAAUUUCACCCCUUAAAGUGAGAGUGGCAAAAAAAAAGAGAAAUCUAUCAUUUUUCAGAGCUACCUAAAAGGCUACUAAAAAAACAAUAUCGAAAAAGUUUAUACUUAUUACAAAAAAAAAAUUAAAUCUUGCCAGCCUAAAACAAAAAUCUAAUCUACCAAUCUACAAUGAAAUAUGUUUCCUAAUAUUGUAAGCCUAAAUAACCUUAAUCGAUGAAUAACCAUAAAGAGAUCAAUGGAAAAACCCCAUCGGGAAGGUUUGGUAUAAUCAAUCGGGUUUUGGUUAUCUUCGGGAAAAGUAUUAGGAGUCCUUAGAAAAGUCAUGACUGAUAUAAUAAAAUCAUUAUUUUAAUUUCAUAUAUUGUGUUGUAAUAAUACAUUAUGUAUGCGUUCUUUUUUGUUUUAAAUAUUAUAUUUUUUCAAAUAAGUAAUAACUCGAGUAAAAAAACUUCUGUACUAUAUUAUACUAUAUAAUACUCUUGUGUGUGCGUUAAGAGUGCCAAAAUGUUAAGUCAACUGAACAGGCAAAUGUUGGCGAGACUCGACAAUUUUUAGGUCAUGACGUCAAACACUAUAUACAGUGCAUUAUAGAAUACUGCUCCACGCGCUGCGUAAAACGACCUACACGAUUUUAUAUGGUCAAUAAAAAGAAAUAAAAAUAAAAAACUGUCUUAGAAUAAUUAGGACGGGUGCAGCCACUGUUGUAGGUGGGAAUUUGGGAAAGUAGGAUAUAGACAGAAAUUUAAUGUAUAUCUGUAAGUGAUGAUUUAACCAUUGCUAACAAAAAACGAUUUUGAGCAGAGUUUGGUUGAUAGUGUAGCUUUGUUAACAAUAUAUAUAAUACAUUUUGGUUAAAUAAUUACAUAUACAUUAAACAUUUUCUUAAAUAAUAUUUGUUUAUUAUUGUACCUAUUUUUUUUUAUGUUUUUACCAAUUUAUUGAGAAAACUGGAAAAGUCCAAAAAAUUACCUCUCUAAAGUACCUCCUCAGUUCGAUUUUUUAAUCAGAAGUUUUGCUCCGAUUUUCAAGUGUAGCAAAUUUUCUGAAAGGAAAUUUAACUGGUGUGGUACUUUAAGGAGGUCACUUUUUGAUUUUUCCAGGGAAUUUCAUAUUGAAAAUAACGGUAAACUGGAAAAAAAGUAGGAAAAUUUACAAAAUGUAUUAGUUUAAAAUCGUAAAUUGUGUAGGUUAUUCUAAGUAUCGCAAAAUAUUGUAGAAUACUAUAGCCAAUCCUUGUAAAUUAAUUUAUUAUAUAGACGAUACCUAUGCAUUUUUAAUAUAUUUCGAAGCUCUCGACAGUUGUUUGCGUACCUAUUAUAUAAAAUAAUAAUAAACUUAAAAUAAUAAUAUAUUCAUUAUCAUAUCAUUCUUAUCAUCGUCGAUAAAAAAUAUAACGUUAAAUAAACUUGUAAAAAAAAAAGAAAAAAUUUAAAAUAUUUUAUUUUACGAUUUCACAUUCAACGCUACGGACGUUGCGUUUCAAAAAAAUUCACGGUACCUGCAGGCUAUAGGUAGGUAAUUUAAAAUUCAAAUAUAGAAUGCAGAUAAUGUAAUAUAUGAUUAUAUUUUUAUUGUAUAACUCUUAGUCCGAUGGAAAUCCGCAGUUGAAAUAGGAUAAUUUCGAAGGGGGACUAUAUUUACCAAAAAUUGAGGGGCUUCCCCAAGAACUAACUAAAUCCAACCAAACUUUUAGUAAACCUAUCACGGAGGCAAUACUUUCAAAAUGGUUUUUUCACACAUUUUUUUACAAUAAUUUUAUGCCAAUAAGGUUUAAAAAUAUACGUAAUCACCACAAAAUUUUAUAUAUAUAUAUAUAUAUAUAUAUAUAUAUAUAUUAUAAUUCUACUUGGAUAUUUAAGUUAAAGAAAGUCUGAUUAUGUAUAAUUUAAUAGGUAUUAGAGUAUUUAUUUCGAAUAGAACUAAUUCGAGUUUUUAAAAUGUCAUUAAAAAUACUUCAUUGAUAACUAAAGCGUUCCCCUAGACUCCGAAGAUUUAUACUAAAAGAGACGGAUAAUUUGACUUAAAAAAAAAAGAAGAGGAAUCGUAUUAUUGUUAAAAUACAAAAUAAAUAUAUGACGUAUCUCAGAUAUACAUAUGUAUAUUAUUUUAUUUGUUUCUCACAUUUUAAUCUUAACAAAUUCUUUCAACAAAUCUUUUUAGAAAAUAUCGAAAUACUAAGAAAACAUAAAUGACAAGACGUCCCAGACUCCCAGUUGUGGAUUCUAGGGAUAAUGGGGUAAUUACUUCUCUCCUCCUUCUUACCUACCAAAUUGAGUAUAUUAUAAUAAAAAAAGAGCUGAUACUGGGAACGGGUGUGGCCACUGUUGUAGGUGAGAAGUAAGGAAGGUAGGAUACAUAAGAUUAUUUCAUUUAUAUCUGUAAGCAACGAUAAACCAUUGCUGACGAAAGACGAUUUCGAGUGCAGUUCAGUAUUACUAUACAUAAUUUUUGCGAUUUUCGUUUAAAUUUGAUUUCAAAAAGCUUAUUAAAAAAUAAAAGUCGUCCGAUGAUUUUUGAAAUUUCAUCACGUUUAGGUAAGUCCAAUCUAAGUAUUAAUACCAAGUUUCAAGUGCCUACGUGUAUUUAUAUCCGAAUUACAGCAAAAAACUCCCAAAAAUUAAAAUUUUUAAAAGCUCAAAGGUGGCUUAAGAGUAUCGCCGAUGAAAGUAAAUUAAAAAGGCAACAAAAAAGGUGCCUUGUGAUUUUUCGAUUAAAUCAUGUUUUCUGGUAGAAAACGUGGUCUGUGUUUUUAUAAAAUAAUGAAAUCGUGAAAUUGUAAGUUUUUUCCCACUUAAGUGCUUUUAUUUAAACAAAUUGCGUCGAAAAUCAAAAAAUGAUCUGUUUAAAGUACGAACUAGACAACUAAAUCUAUUAGAAAAGGGUCUAUGCUUUUGUGCAAGUUUACAAGGAAUAAACUUGUCCAUAGACUAGAACUAAGAAAAAAAAAAUAAACAGCAUUGUAAAACCAAUGCUACGCUCGGAAUCUAAAAUAAAAUAAUAAUUGUAUGAAAUAGUACUUACAAAUACAAUGAAAAACAACUAAGUUGAUCAUUCUCAAACUAAUGGUUACAAAAAAUAUUAGUAGACACUACUUAUUAUCUCCUCCCCCUUGAGAAUAAUUUUUGAAUCAGUUACUGAGACGUAAUAUAAUAAUAAGCGUUAAAUUUUAAAUCCUUAAUUCUACUCAGAAUCAUUUUUUCUUUUAAUCUUUUUAAUGUAACGAUUUAUCAAAAUUAUUUAGUAAUCACUUAGAAAUCACAUAGGUGUACUUAUAUCCUACUAUACCUUUCAUACAUUUUUCAUUUUCAGUAGUAUAGCACGUAUUAUACGUAUAAUUUUUACUAAUUUAAGAGGAAGGCUUGCGGGUUAUUUAUUGCGUAAUAUACUUUGUAGUAUGUUCCUAUUAGCAGCACUUAGAACCACGAGAAAAAAAAAUGAGACAUUUUUUUUUACCUAUAAGUAAUAAUCUUAAUUUCCUAUCUCUAACUAUGUAUAGUUAAAAAACAUUUUAGCGAUUUAGAGGCUAUUUUAAUGCAUUUGACGUUUUCGAGUUUUUCUAGGUUUUAUUUGGUUUUAUGUGGAUACAAUUGUUUGGCUGGAAUUUUACACGAUAUACAUUAUAAAUUAUACUUCUUGGCACAACAAAUUGAGCGUAAUAUGUAGUCGAGUUUAAUAUGGACAUUUUAAUAAUAAACUUUUACUAAAAUUAUAAAAAUUACGGCAUUUUAAAUCAUAUAUUACUAAACUUCACUCAGAAUCCAUCGUUCCAAUUUCCCUCCUACAAUAGUGGCACAUCCGUCAGCAGUAUCGGCUCUUUUAAAAAAUAAUAAAAAUAUAUCAUUAUGUUGAUAAUAAUUGUACCGUCAAAAUUUUACAAUGAUUUUUCGUUUAAUUGUCUGAAUUAUAAUAUUAAUUAAUAAUUUAUAAAAUAUAUAUUAUUACUUUUUGAAUGUGAUUGCGAGUUAUUCCAAAACUGUUUCCUUUGACCAUUGGCGGCGGCGGGUAGCUUAUUAUUAGGGCCAGCAAUUAUAUGCCUUAAAAAUGUAUAAAAUAUGUAUGCAGUUAUAUUCUAAAAAUUACCAAAAUAUGUUUAAAAAAAAAAAAAAAAAAAGUAAUAUUCUAUUUUUAAUUAAAUUAUUUAUUUUUUUAUACAUUAUACUAUAAUUGUAUUAUAAUACAAUUAUUGUCAAUGAUUUACAAUAAUGUGUGGUAAUUUCUUCAUCUGAAAAUCAAACAAAAAUGUUUAAUGUUAUUAAUAAAAUAAUGGUCAAUAAAUAAUAAGUUAAACUAAAGCAUUUAUCAAAUGAUAAAUAUUUGAAUUCCUAUCCGAUGUUUUUGCAUUGAACAAUUAAUGAUUUGUGUAAGUUUUUAAAAAGCUUUGACCGUCAAUUGUCCGUUAACAAAUUUUUGUAUCGUGAAAAAGAACGUUCUACUUAUUUUACUUUGCGCAGUUUCUAUUAGUUUAAUUGAGUCUGCCAGUAAAACAUUUUGGUUUUCUAAAGAUGUUAUGGUAUUCGGUAAAAAUAUCCAUAGUUUGAAUGAAUAAAAGUUAAAUUUGCUUCAACUUGAUCUUUAGAAAUUAAUUUUUGAACGUUGUCUAUUGAAACGGCGUCUUCGGGGUUCAAUUUCUAUAUUACAUUUCGAUUAGCUUGUAUAUAUUCGCCAUAAUACAUUGAAUCAGAAAUCCAUGUAUCCGUCUUGUUACUAUAGUCAUUGAAGGCAAUGGAAUACCUGAAGCCUCAGUUUUAAUCAAAUCAAUACGAUUUGGCGCUUUUAAACAUAUUUUAUUUUGUGAUUCCCGGAGUCUUUAAGAUCCUAAAUAUGCUACAAAACUAUACUAAAUACUAAAAAAUGCCUUAAAAGUGCAAACAUGUCAUAAUAUGCAAAAAUAGACAAAAUAAAAUUGCGUAUACAGCAUCGUUAGGUUAUGAAACAAAUUUUGGCAUAAACUAGCUAUUUUUUUGACCAACCAAUAAAAAUAUGUAAAUGCAUACAAGUUAUGUCCCUACUUAUUAUAAAUUCAUUAUUCAUAUAGUUUAUUAAGUUAAUUUUAUCGAUACUGGUUUUUAAAUUUGAACGGAAAUAUUAUUGUUAUUUGCAUACUUUUUGAAUAUAUUGAUUUUAAAUUAGCGCAGGGUUGCGGUGGAUUUAAAACAAAAUAAUAUAUUCCGAUUAAACUGGAUAAUAAUAAUCCGUUGAAAAAGUCACUUUUCCCAAAACCGCAGAGGACAAAUAUUGCAUCAAGAAAGUUAGUGUCCUAUUGUUAACCUAAAGCUUAAAUCGAUGAAAACCCUAGAAAUAUUGGUCAUAGAAAUCGAUUACAGGAUUCUAUAAGUUGGUGUAACUGAUUAGGUUUUUGUUGUUUUUAGGAAAAGUUUUAGUCCCCAUUUACAGAUAUUAAAAUAGCAUAAGGGAUUUCACCAGAUUUAAAUUUAUUUAAUGAAUAUUGCGCAAUAUUACACUGUAAUUAUACAAAAAUCCUAAACAAUACAAACAAAAUCCGAUAAAAAAAAAAGUAUAGGUACUGUACUUGUUAUGUAGAAAUAAAUCGGAAUGAUAAAACGAUAAAAAUGGUUCCAUUCCAUAACAGAUGAUGGUGAGCUGAUAAUGAUGUGGGACAAUAAUAGAAUAAUAAUUUAUGAUGAACAAAAUAAUUGCAUGUUUUAUUAUGAAUGUUCAUGUUGUGUUACAACAUUUUUUUCCCGAUAUUCUAUUUUGUCGGUUCCGGUCAAAAAUGUCGGUAUUCUGAUGUCAUCAUAUGAGGAAGUGGGUUUAGUAUAGAUCCCUUUGAUCUUUUUAAAGAAAAGUGCAGUUAUUAUUAUCAUUAUUAUUUCAUCAUAGCUGGAUGAUAAAGAUAAAGAUAGUAAAUUUAGUGCAAAAACAACUUUCUUGUUAACAAAUAAACAGAUAAUAAAAUAUAUUUAUACACACCAAUAAACACAAAAUACGCGAAUAGUAAAUAAGAAUAAGAAAAUUAUACCAGUCUAUUAUUUUAUAUCACAAAACAUACUUAUCAAAUACAAUCUACACCGUCAAAAUCGACCUUGUCGUUUUUCUGUACUUGUGUAGAAAAGAUUACAAUAUAACCGUCGCAUGGAAUUCGCUUUAUCUACUGCAAUGGUGACGCGUGACGGCUGGUGAUAGACAAAAAGUUUACACUCUAAUGCAAUCACAAAAAAAAAAACACUAUUAACUAUCGUUGAACUGUUAUCGAAAAAAAUUCGAAUUACACAUCAGACGAGGUCUGAUUAAUUUAACAGUUUCGAAGAACAGAAUAUUCGAUUUGUUUAGUAGUAUGCGUACAUUUUUAAAUUCGGAAUUCAGAGAAGAAGCUCUUUUUUUACAACAAGAUACAUAUAUUUUCGCCGAUAAAAAUUGUGUAGACUUUUUAACGCGGUACCUUAAUGAUGCGAAUUUUCCGCUCAGUGACAGUGGCUCAACUAGGGCCCCAGUGUUACUUUUAAUGAAGGAGCCCAAUAAUGAUAGACAUGACAUACAUUUUCAAUUCUAUAUAUAUUUUUGUAACUCAUGCAAACAUAAUAUAUUUAUAAAAAUAUAUUAAUACUUAUAAGAAUACAACAGUAAUUUAGUUAUUUUUAUACUUAUACAUUUUAUGUAUGUGUACACAUUUAAAUAAUUACACAUUUAUAAAUUAUCACUUAAGAAAGUUUUUUUUUCGGUUUUGAAAUUUGCAAAUGUAGAAAUAUUUUUUUCCAAAUCUAGUUUAUUAGCUACAUAUCUUUCUAUAUUUAAAAUUGCAAUAUUGGAAAGGCGAUCCUGACCAUUCCUUAAAUACUUUUUGAUUAAUUUCAAUUUUGAAAAUAACAUUUCUGAUGUUUCAAUAAUUGUCGAGUGAAAUCUGCAGAUAUGCCAUCAUUAUAUAAAUAAAAAAAGUCCAUUGAAGCCUCUCAUAUUAUCAGACAUUUUAUUUUGAAAAGUAUUGACUCGUGUACUAAUUGUAGAUACUAAUCGAAGAUAGUUUAACAAAAACACACUUUCAACAAAUAAAACAAUUUCGGUAAAACAGUAACCCAUAAAUCGUGACGAAUAGACCACAGAAUAAAUAAAUGACGUGACAGUGUAGCGCUGAAGCCAUUGACUAGUUAUGCUAUCAGUUUUAUGUUGGCAUUAUUAAUUAUCACCGUACUUUCCCAUUUUAUUUUUAACCGAUACGAAUUCAUGCAUUGCUAUCGCUAUGGCCACUGCCACACAACACCAUCUAAAAUCUACACAUUACAGUAGUAUACUGUACAUAUAUACGACUAUAGGCUACUUCAUAUUUAUAGAAUAAUAUUACGAUUUUUCGAUAACACAUCAAUGCUAACAUACCGAUCGCAAAUACUAGAUAAUAUACAAUAAUAUACUUGUAUUUUUUAUAUUUUCACAUUUCCCAUUAUAUUAUAUUUUAUUGUUACUAAUGUAUUAGUUCUUUGUUGUCCAUAUUUUGUGAAAUAUGAAUCGUACAUUAAAAAUACGAUUUUGAUAAAAGUUAUCAAAUACGGAAAUAGAUUAUUAUUAUUUGGACUGGGGCCCCUGCAGUUUGUGGGUCCCAGAGAUCGACACCCCCCCCUUGGUAGUUGCGCCACUGCAGUCAGUGGUACUUUAUUUAAAAAUGUUUAUGAAAUUCUCAAUGGUUAACCCCUAAGUUCUUUUUUUCUCUGAAAACGCUCUUUCGGUUAAUAAAGACGCUUCAAAUUGUUCACAUUGUAUACAUUAAACGAUUAAGGUUUUUUCGCCCGAUCGUAUUUUAUUUAAAUAUUGUUUUCCUGUACAUUUAUAGCAAUUUUUUUUGAAAAAUUAAAAACAUUAAUAGUGCCAAUGACGAUACUUUGAUUGCAUUUAUGUUGAUUUCUGUGUUACCACAGCGACUACAAGGGAAAAAACGACUAAUACACACUAUAACCUUACCAUUUAACCAAGCUCCCCUCAGAAUUGAUUUUGGAUUGCAACAAUUUAUCGUUAAUUUCAGUAUACAAUACCCAACUAAAUAAGCUCUUAAUAACUUCCCACUUUGUCUACCAUGAUGCGAAGUAUCUGGCUUUUUCCAAAUGAUAUUUGUAUUCAAGGGAUAUUAAUAUGAUACAGUGAAACUUGUCUUAACGGACACCUGGAGUAUAUAACAGACACCUCUUUUAACGGGCAAAAUAAUAAUGUCCCGGAUAGGCAUUCCAAUGUAUUUUGACCUGUCUAUAACGGGCUCUUUCUAUUACGAAUACAGACAGUAAUAUUUGUUGCCAAUACCUCAAUAACGGACAACUAUCUUGAUUCUAUAUUGCAACCUUGUACCGUGUAGGUACAUACAUACCGCGCAACAGCGUCGCCGGUCUAUUUCGAAUACCGAAUAUAACAGAUUACACGUUUGAUAAUAAGGAUAAAAUAAAAAUAAAUAAAUAAAGUUAAUUUCGAGAACCAAAAUAACCACCAAAAACACGUUUAAAACGUAGAGACAAUUCAGUGUUUAUUCCGUUUCGCUUCGUUAUUAUUGUGUUACUGUUUGUUUUAAUUUUUUCUUUACAACGCCACCUCUUGUACCUGUCUAUAACGGACAUUUUUUUAUGGUCCCGUAACUGUCCGUUGUAUACAGGUUUCACUGUAAUACGAUAAUAUCAUUAUCAUUACUAUACCACGCGUCGUCCUUAAUAAUAUUCGGACCGUGUUUAAUUGUUUGCAGAAUUUUCGGGGACGGUGGUGUAGACGGGUCAAAUCGAUUUAAUAAAAUGUUUGCCAAUUUAUAUCGCCCUUCCUCCUUCCGCGCAAUAAAAUUCUGAAUACUGCACUGGGCGGCACGAACCGUUAGCCAUCCCGUAUAUAAUUGCAAUCGAGGAAAAUCGAUAUUGUCAGCAUACUCUGCACGAAAAAUAGAUGCAUUCACGCAUUUUAGUAUAUUUUAUGGCGUUAAUAAUCUAGCGAAAUAUAAACGGUUGUUGUCGUGCGGAACCAACGCUGCUCUGCGAUGGCUGUUCAGCUAUGUAACUGACCUCGCCGCUGCCUCCGUUUAACUAUUAAAAAGCACUUGUCGGACGGGAGGGCCAGUCCCGCGAGAACUUGUUCAAAAUAUUCGCGGCUCAACAGGUUCGGCGCGGAACUCUUGUUCGUCUCGGCGCGGCGGUGGCCACGAUACACUGGUAUCCGCACGUUACGCCCGUAUCCCGGUAAGACCUCGGCGGACUCUCGGAAACUGCUAAAAAGAACCGCGCGCCCGGCGUCAAUACGAAAAGUCGCGCGUUUUAAGCUCGUUAUCCCCGGAAUAUUCAGCCCGAGGACCGAACGGAUCAACAGAGAUGUGCUGAUAUAAAACCUCAUGUGUGGGAGAGAGCAAAUUUGAACUCCGAGGGCGGCCAUUUAAAACGCUGCGUUUAAUUAUCUACACGUGUUUCUAUCCUUCGAAACGAAACUCUCCGCCCGCCGGAACGCGUUUUCAUGCCGAAUGUUCCGUCUAGAUGUGUAUACGUCUGUGGUUAUACGCCAUUAUUGUAUACGACGGUAGUACAAUGAUAAUAAUAAUAACAAUAAUAUAAUACUAUUAUAAUGCGCUGCCGCCACGGGAAUAUAGUAAUAUUUUUCUGGGCGGCGUCUCGACGUGGCGCCUGUCGCCGGUCUGACGGCUCGCGCGGCAGACGCCAAGUCGCCGGUUAUAGUAUAAGCGCGCGCGAUUCCGUCGGCGCGCCCGUGCCCUACGCACGCACUCGUGCACACGACCGGAGAGUUGUAAUAUCGCUACGAACGGCGGGGUGGCAGCGUAGUAUCGAUCUUGGCGGCGGCGGCGGCGACGGCGGCGGUCAUAGUGGUGCAAAUACCGCGGCCACACGAACGGGCAGACGCCGCCGCCGUCGUCCGUCAUUAUAUUAUUAUUAUAUAUUCGACGACGAUAUUAUAGCGUGUGUGCGCGUAAAUACUAUGCACAUACACAUACACGCGCGUCGUCCUGACGCCGCCGCCGUUCCACAGACCUAUAUAUUAUAAUAAUAAUGUUAUUCGACCUACCGCCGCCGCCGCCGUGCGGUAUACGCGUCCCGUCCCGUCCCGUCCCGCCGCCACUAACCGCCCGCCAUUUCGGGCGGGCGGACGACGCGACUCCCUGUUGAAUUUUCGCACGCCGAACGACGCGAACGCGACCCGUCCGCGGUCGCGCGACCGCCUUCGCCGCCGUGUGCCGUCGUUCGUGUUUUGUGCUUCAGCGUUCUGGUGGCGCGCGCGACUCGAUCGGCACUCGGUCCGAAUGGUAUACAGGGCGAUCGUAAUAUAUGGAUCAAUACCGAUCGAUUUAUUAUUGUAAGACGCUCAAAAGAAGUAUUACAUUUUUUUCGGAUUUUGUUUUGAUUUUCGAAAAAUCUAAGAAACCCGCAGCAAUUUCGCAGAGUAUUACAUCACGCCAUCUAUUCUGACGUCGCGCCAUCGCGCAAACGAUGCUGCACUGCUACACUCGCCCCGUAUGCCUACAAAACGACAAAGUCAACAUCUUGAUAAACUUAAACUUCGUUUAUUUACUUAAUUUUUAAUAAUGAAUUCGCAACAAAAGGGAGCUGCUAGCGUGAUGAUAUCACGCCCCGAAUACAGAGCUAACAAAAAACGAGAGUAACGAUACAUUUAUUAGAGCCGCUUAUAUUGUUUCUUACGUUAAAAUAACAGACAAAACCAUGUUAGAAAAAGUUUCUCAUAACAUAACGAGUGUCUUAUAUUAUGUACGGAGGAGUGAUCGCCCUGUAUACGCACGUCCCAUUCUCUCUGUAUACAGCCGUCGCUGUCAUCGAUUUACGCGCUCGCGCGUCGUUACAAAGUGCUGCUACUGUUAUUUAUCGGCGUGGCCGUUAUAUAUUGUGUUUUAUUGGUUUCGGAUUUUUUUUUCCUAACGAUUGAUAACGACGAUUUCUAGAGUCGCACAUUAAAUUUGAUUUUUUUUCCACCCGUCCUCCGGUCUUCCCAUUUUCGCAGUGCGCUUAUAUAUAUAUACGCCACGAUAUCUAUUUAAUGACUUGGAAAAUGUUGUUUUCGUCGUAAAAAAUAAAUUACAAUAUUAAAUUAGUUAUAAUAUUGUAUACCGCCCCUAAUGUCACGACGCGUUGCCGUAUUUACCCCUUUUCCUUCUCCCACGAGAAAUCUUAUAUUUGUACAUAUCAGUUUAUAAAUUAUUUUUUUAAGUUCAAUGCGAUUUGCCCUACACCGUCGGUUUUAUUCGUUUUUGAUUAAUUUAUUAUAAAUAAUUGUACGAUUUACAUAACAAAAAAAAAGAUGGACAUAAUUUCGCAUGAUGAGUGUAGCCACUGUUGUUGGUAAAAAGUUGAGAAGGCACGAUAUAGAGGGGAAAUAAAUUUGUAUUUAUAAGCAACGAUAAACCAUUGUUUACUAAAAACGAUUCUGAGCGGAGUUCAGUUGAUAGUGAUGCUUUGUCAACAAUAUAUAUGUCAUAUUAAAAUAAUUAAAUAGAUUAAUAGACAUUAUAUAUUUUCUUAAUAAUAUUAUAAUAAUAAUAAUAUAAUUUUAAUAAUAUUUGUUUAAUUUGUCUACGUUUUCCCCGGUUUUUCACAUUUGCUGGGAAAACUCUUGGGAAAAUCGAAAAAUGACCUCCUCAUAGUACCUCCCCAGUCAGAUUUCCUUUUAGAAAAAGUGAUAACAUCGUAAAUCAAAGCAAAAUUGCUGGUAAAAAAGUUGUAUCUUUUUAAAACUAAUUCAAAAAAAGAUUAAUAUAUAGAUAUACUAGCUGUUCCGCCCGGCGUUGCCCGUGCCAAAUAAAUGUGUAAUAAAAACGAUUUCCCCCCCUAGAUUUCUUGUUUCAAUAUCCGUCACUAUUACUGCAGUUAACCGUUGUUGCCCUUAAAUUUAUUUUAUUUAUUUUUAUUUUCAAACUUAUAUAAAUUAGGUAUACGGUUGCUAAGCAAUGAAAAAUAUCUGAUACAUUUUUCAGUUUCGUGGCGAUCGGAUGAACGGUUUAGGAAGGCAUAAGAGACAUCACACACGUACAUAGGUUAGGUUAGGUUAGCAAAAUUAGCCAAAUCGGCCCAGCCGUUCUCAAUUGUUAUUGGCACGCGGGUGCCACGGAAACCAAUAAUAAAAAAAUAACCACAUAGAGUGUAUAUUAUCUCUCCAUGGCAAAAUAAUAAUUGUUGAAUAUCGUGCGUGCUAGUAUACUUUGACUUAAGAGGCCAUAACUCCGGAACCACUUAUCGCAGAGCAUACAAACUUAGAUAGUAACCGAUUCUCAGACCUACUGAAUAUGCAUAUAAAAUUUCAUGAGAAUCGAUCAAGCCGUCUCGGAGGAGUAUGGGAACGAACAUUAUGACACGAUAAUUUUAUAUAUAAGAAGAUAUAGGAGGAUAUAUAAAGUAAUUUAAUUUUUAUCUGUACGCAACGGUAAACCAUUGAUAACGAAAAACGAUUCAGAGCUAAGUAUUAUUAAUCGCAUUUUUUCCCCCUCGUUGUCGUGGUAAUUGGGAAACCAACACAAAUUAUACAAAAAAAAAAAAAAAACUAUCAGUUUUUCCCAUUUAUUGCGAAAACUACAAGGAAAAUUAAAAAAUGACUGCGCACCUGAUUAGAUUCGCUGAGAAUCUAAAAAUAACAAUUAUUAUGUCGAUUUUUACGAUUAUUGCCCGAUCUCGGUUCACGCGAUCGAAUAUUUGACCUAUACACUCCAUAACGUAUUGAACUUCAAAUAUUUAAUUGAUUCGAUUAAUUUGGUGAAUUAUAAAUUUCGUUAUCGGUAUAUUUUAUAAAAUAAAUUGAUAAAAACUUGUGCCGUUCAAAUAUAUAAACAGUUACAGUUGAUUCGUUAAUUAUUAGACGAAUCUCGCCGAUGCCAUUUUUAUCAACAAAAAAAAACUGUUAAUCUUAAACAAAUAUGUAUUCAUUUUCUCUAGCGAAUUCUUUGCCCUAGUGAUUAAAUUGAUUUCUACAAACAUUAUAAUGCGAUCACUUUGUAGAACCAAAUAUUUUUAAUUUGAUUUAUUAUUGUUGUAUAGAAUCCCGCGGAAAGUUGAAAAUCGAGAAGCUUACUCAUUUUAAUUGAAAUUCGAUCCUGUUUUUUGUAACUGUAUACCCACGCUCGAUACUGUUUUUGAUUUUUUUUCUCCAUGAUGAUACUUUUUAAAAUCUUUUUUUUUUUAUCCGACAAACAUACAAUUGAUUAUAAUAUAUUGACUGUUAAUUAAAAUAUAGAGAUAAUAUUUAUAACUUAUAACUAUUGUUCGUAAUUAAUAUAUACUGAUUUCCCUGCGGUGGCGGUGUAUACACUUGAUUUAUUUUCAAAACAUUGCCUCAAACAAAAAAUAAUUUUUUUACCCAUAAAUUUUACUUUGGUUAAAAGUAAAUAAAAAUAAAAUUCAAAAAAUAAAGCCACAAAGCUCGAGGGGACGGGCGAUCCACUUUUAUAUUUUAUACGAAAUAUACAUUUUCUCUAUCUAUAGACAAUGUACGAUUUACUAAUUCCAUUUAAAUGUUCGGCAUAUUUUAAUACAAGCUUAUAGUACACUGCGCCAAUUUUUAAUUUUUUAGUAUUUAUGGUAUGUAUUGAAAAUUUGAGAUGGUGUUUUUUUAAACAUAAUAAAUUUGUAGCUAUAAACGAGUUUUUGUUGAUUGUUAUAAUAUAAUUAUCUGUACGUGAGAUAAUAGAACAUUUUUUUAAUUUUUAAUUUGUUUUUUUUUUUAGAUAGUUUUUCGAUAGGGGCGUGGGUCGUAUGUUCAACCGUAUUGGGUCUACUCCUGUGGCCUCUUAUCGAGUACACCAUCCACCGUUGGUUGUUUCAUCUGCAGCCUCCAGACAAUUCGCCGUUACUUAUCACGUUACAUUUUGGCAUUCACGGACUACAUCACAAGGUAUGCAUGUUUUUUAAAAUAAUUUAUUAUCAUAAUAUUAUAUUCUCGGGAUUUUAUAUGGCGUAACACAUAUAAAAAUAUUAUUACAAUUAUUAUCAUCUUAAGUAUAAUUACUAUAAUUAUUAUUGUGAUAACAUUAUUUUUAAAUGAAACGGCUAUUCGGCGAAAAAAAUUCCCGUUUCCCCGCGUUAUCUGCUACUCGCACGCGAAUUUUAAGAGGACGCUACACCCACAUCUCAGUUUAACUACUAACGGACAAUGUAGUAAAAUUACGUUUCGUAAAACCUAUACUAUGGCGUUUAUGUCGAAAUUAGAGUUCAAGCACAAUUAUUUGUGUUUAAUAUUUUAAGAGGAGAAUAUUUCCGCGGACUGUAAUAGCUUUUUUCUAAAAAAAAUUGCCAUACAAAUGAAGUUCAAUUAAUAAAAAGAAAAAGUAUUGGAAAAAAUACUCAGGUUGUAGACUUAAUUAAGUAGCCAAAUUUGUCACCAUAGAAAAGUGAGAGCUUGUAUUGUGGACGUUAGUUUAUAUUUUUGAUAUUAAAAAUACAAUAACUAUAAUCAUACGAGUAAUUUUCAAUGUAUUUAAAAACCAAAUUUUUGAAAAAGUAAACAGAUAUUUUGCGAAAUAAUGAGUGUUUCAUGUUUAAUGAAUUACUUUGUACCUAUAUCUUUCUGUAUCUUCGGUUUAACAAUAGAUUGACUACAAUCGUUUUUUGCGACAGCCCGACAUACGGUUAUAUUAUUUAGUUACACAAAUUUUAAAAAACAACGAUAUUUGAAAACUGUAUGCGCGUUUAUCAGCCCUGAAAAAUAUUAUGUUAUUUGAUUCCCAUACGAAAAGGAGCGUGAAAAUUACACUAAUAGAGUGAUUUAUCGACACGGCCUCAGCUACACUUUAAGCGAUUUUGCGUAGGAGAAAUAACGAGUUUGUUAUUAUAUUGACUAUGUAUGAUAAUUGUAAUAAAUCGUGGAAUGUAAAAGAAAUUCUUCUCGUCGAAUAAAAUCUAUUAAUAAAUGUAUCUUUAUUUACACUAUGCCGUAGUGUAUUUAUUUAUUAAUGAUCGUCCGUUGAAUAUAUUAAUUAUUUUUAUAUUCUACAUAUAUAUAUACAUUUAAAUAAACGUCUUGGGAAUAUAUUAUUAGGUACAUUUGGUUUUUAGUUUAUUAAAAAAAAUACCAAUCAAUAGAGUAUAUAAGCAUACAUAUUAUGUAAUAUAACGUGCUGGAUCCUUUGAGAUAAUUUAUUGAAACUCGCUCAAUGCAUCAUAAUAUUAUAACAUCAUAUUACAAAUUGAGUGGAAUAGUAUACCAGUUGCAAGCUACGAAUGACUCCUGAAAAUAUUAUAUUUUCAAAAGUUCUCAUAUUAUCAUUAAUACGCGGAGUUAUCGUAUAAACAACAAAAACUACUUUAAAAUCGCAAAAAAAAAAUUAUUAACAUAUUAUAUAAGGUAUACAUAAUUAUUGAAAAUAAACCUAUGUAGGUACUACCUACAUCACAAAAAUAAGUGCUAAUAUAUUAUAAUUAUAAUUAUGUAUAAUAUCUUAUGAUUUAUUAUUCAUAAUCUAUGUUCUUAUUUUCACCUUAAUAGCCAUUAUCAUUGAUGACAUCACAAAGUCACAACAGCUUUUAAUAAAUUUCCAUUUUAUCCUUUAUGGAACUUUUUUUUUUAUUUAUCAAAUAACGCUUGUGUCGUUUCUCUUCACUUCAUCCGGUCACACUCCUAAUAUUAUAUACUUGCUACAGUCCUCGAUUACUCCAUUCCCUUGCACUCAGCACACCACUCUGCACUUAAAACACUCGAACUUAUCGAAUCAAUUUAUAUAUUAUUAUAAUUUGACCUCUGAACAUCAAGGGUUUUUUAUUUUUAUUUUUAAAGUAUUUUUAUUGUUUCUAUAAUAUUAUAUGGUGAGACGAAAAGGGGGUUGUUAACCGCAGGUUCGUUGCUAAAAUAUAGUAAUUAAUUUGCUGUGUUGUAACAGAGGAUUCGUUCGGUCCAUUGACUUGUUUUAUACUCUAUAAUUUAACGCGUAAUAAUGUAAAAACGAUUGUCUUGGUAUUUAACACAACAGGCAAAAACUCGUUAUCUAAUUGUUUCCGUUAUUUAUAAAUGGCACAAUUUACCAAACAUUAUAAUUUAACUUUGAAGUAGUGCGAAUUUCGCUCUCAAAACCGUAGACUUAUUUUUAACCCUUAGAUUUUAUGUAACAACUAAUAAUACCAUAUAUUAGCAAUUAGAUGUAUAAAAGUGUAUGGGAAUUUAUCACGAUAAAAUUCAACGUGCAAGUAAUCGACAUUUUACGGUAUACCUACUCAUGUACUCUAAAAUAAAUAAGUAUACAAAUAUUAUUUAAAAACUAAUUUAAUUGAACAGCAAAUAUAAUAUUUUGGAAACAAAUUUUAGUUUCAAACUAUGGGUUCUGGUAGAAAAUAUUGUUUCAUUGGUGCUUUGAAGAGGGCGUUUUAUGAUUUUCUUAUAAUUUUCUUAAUAAAUAGGAAAAAACGUACGGGAAAACGGAAUGAAUUUACGAUAGUAAUAAUUUCUUCAUUUUAGAUUUUUUUUGAUUUUAUUUUUUUACUAAAAACCCUGUUUCUAAUAUUGCAUAUUUUCUGAAAGAAAAUGUUGUUUAGUUAUAGUGUUUUGGAAUUAAAGGGUCGUUGAUUCAUUAACCUUGUAGUUUUCUUAAUAAUUUUAAAGAACCGAAUAAAAUACAUGUUUUAUUGUAAUUCGAUUCAAAAAUCGUAAAGAUCUAACAUGAUCACAGAAUACUUAAAUUAACCGAAUUUUGUUUAGAAUCGCUUUUCAUUAGCAUUGAAUUGUCGUUGCGUACAGAUAUAAAUUAAUAACCUUAUAUAUUCUACCUUUCCAACUGUAUACUUAUCAACAGUAUCAGCUCUUUGUUUUUGUUUUAAUAUUACGAUUUACCUUUACUACCUGAUUUUACAAGAUACGCGUAUUUUUUCAAGGUAUAUAAGAAAUGUAGGAGAAAAAUCUAUGACCGCAAAGAUAUAAAUAACUAAAAAAAAGAAUUUAACUAAACUUGUUGAUUUUAACAGUAUCUAAAUUGAUAAUUGUGUAGUUAAGUAAAUAUAUUUGAAAAACAUCAAAAACGAUGGUAAUAUACAUGUUAUGGGUAUUAUUUAAAUAUUCAAAUAUUAUGUUGAAUUUUAAUAUUUCUAAACAAUAAAUUAUUAAUGUUUUUGUUUUUAGCAUAUUGCGGUUAUUAACUAUUUAUAAAUAAAUACAUUGAGUGACGGUAUAAAAAUUAAAAACAAAAACUACUUUUAAUAAUACACACAUUUCGCAACAUGAAUGUAAAUAAGUACAUCCCACUUACACUCAAGGUAAUUGAAUUUAUAAAAAGAGGUUUACAAUGAUAAAUCUGUGCUAAUUAAAAACGAUUCUAAGCAAAUCAGUUAAAUAUGUUUUGAUAAACAUAAAUUGCAUUCAUUUAAAUUACAGUUGUCCAUAAACUUUCACCUAAUACUUAUGUUAGCAUUUUCUCAAAAUAGUGAAAUGUUUAAAAUAUUUUAUCGUUUUUUAAGUUAUUUAUAAGCAUUUUACAUUUUAAUCGUAAAAAUCAUGGCAUUUCAAAGGGUGGUUAACAAUCAAAUUUCGCUUAUAAUCUUAAUUCGUUAUUAAUGAUUUAUCGUUGCGCACAGAUAUAAAUUGAAUAAAUUUUGCAUGUAUACAUCCUGUAUAUGUAUAUAUAUAUAUAAUAUAUUAUACAUAAUUUAGUGAAAAACAAUGAAACCUACCAUUUUCACCGAUUACUUAUAUUAGCAUUUGCUGGUAUUAGUAUAAUUUUUGAGUCAGUUACUUAUAUUUAUACAGUUUUCUUUUUUUUUAAUAAGUUUCAAAAUUAAAUUUUGAAAAAAAUCGUAAAUAUUACGACCUUUCAAAACACGUAUCGUUUUUCGUUAGCAAUGGUUUAUCGUUGGUUACAGGUAUACAUUAAAUAACUUUAUGUAUCCCACCUUUCCAACUACCCACCUACAACAGUGGCCGCUCCCGUCCUCAAUAUUAGUUUUUUUUAUUAUUGUUUUUACAAAACAAAAUGGCUUCAAUACAUUUAUUUUAUUAAUAUUCGUACAAUUCUGCUUAGUUAUCCUCCGCUUCAAUUUAAUAUAUUCUCACUUUUAAGAAUUUCAUUAACCUAUUCGAAUACCGGAGAUAAAUAUUCCAGUGAAUUUUACGUGGGUGCAUUUUUUUCUCGUUGCAAAUUAAUUUUUUUUAAUUGAGAAAAAAAAUCAUAUAAUUUAACGCGGAAAAUUGAAAUUAUAUACUAGUAAUAUAUAUAUUCAUCAAUGAAAUAUAAUUAAGUACAUGCGUAAAUUCGUGUUAAGAAAUUAUUUGUGAUUCUCAUUUACAUUGGAGAAUGUUUAUUAUAGUUUUAUUAAAAUAUGUGGUUCUUUUUUCUCGAAAAACAAUUUUGGUGGACAAUUUUCCGUUUUUUUCAUGUAAUACCGCUAAAAUGCGGAAUUUUCGUUCAGUGGUACUUUAUUUGAAUCUGUGAUAUAGUAUGCAUGCGUCUUAUCUCAAUUUUUUUUUAUUCUUUUCUAUAGGUAUUUUCUCAGAAAAUCAUGCAAAAGCCAACAAAAUUAACACUAAUAAAAGUAAUUCAUCAAUUUUUUUUUUUAAUCAUUAUUAUUUUUGAUGGUUUUAGAUUAAACAACUUUUAUCGAGUGUAAGUUUACGCUAAUUCUAAUAUUAAACGAAAAACAUCGUUUGUUUUUGAACCGUUAUUAGCUAUAAUAAAAUACUCUUAAUCUAUUUAUUAAUUAUUAAUCCAUAGUCAUCGAAACGCAGAAUACGUUGUAUAUAUUUACAUGUACUAUGUAUCUAACCGGUUAGUAGUAGUUACACAAUAUCACAAUAUAACAUUCUUCAUAGAUGAAACCUUUAAAAAAAAAAAAAAACAACUAUAAAAUCGAUAUUAUAUUAUGACUUAUGACGGCUACACGCAAGUAUACGAAUAAAAUAUUGUCUCGAUUACAUCUAUUCAUUAUUGGUGAUGGGCACGACCUAAUAGUCAUAUUCGAUAGUUGAUGAUGUUUGAUAAAUUGAAAAUUUUUUCAAAUAUGUAGUUAUUCGACGGAAUGGGAAAAACUAUUGGAAUGUAAUUGUUACUCACUUUUGGAUAUUUUUUUAAUUGUCCACCAGUAAAAAUAGCUAGUUUAUACUGAAAUGUGUUUUACGGUUUAACUGUAUUGCUGCUCUAAUAUACAGUGGUUUAAAUUGCAUACCUUAUAUUUUAAAUUUUAGUGUUCCUGUUUUUCAUUUAUAACUCGACAAAUUGCGAAGUGGAAAAUAACGUUUACGAUUUAUAAACAGAUAUCUUGUAUACGUAAUACCUAUCUACGAGCUGAAAACUAUUAUAAACGGGUACCCUCAAAUUAAAUAUUGUUCGUUUAUUAUAUAUAUGUUAUUUAUUUUUCAAUUUACUAGAGUUUUUCCAUUUAUACAAAUAUUAAUAAUUUUUAUUGUUUGGUUUUCAGAUUGAAUAAAAAUAAUUGUAUAGGUGCCGCGGUUACGUUAAAUAGAAAUAAGUAAAUCAAAUACUACAAUUUACAAUUAUUUUUUGUUGACCAUAUUUUAGGGUAGUUCUUCCACCAUAAAAACGGAAUAAAAAAAAUUCACGUAAGAAAUGAAAACAUUUUUCCUCUUUGGUCUACCUCACGUGAUUUUGCAUAAUUAAUCAUCGUGCGUUAUUUUCGAUUAAGUUCCGACAUGUGAUCGCGAAGUUAGUGAACGGGCUUUGAAGUAAUUUUCUGCACGUAUUUUUUAGGACAGUGUAUUAUAUAAGCAUGUCGUCGUCAUCGUUACAAAAUAAUUUAACAAUUAUUUUUAUUGGGAAUUGAAAUUAAAAUAUUCUGUUAAGAAAAUAUUCCUGGGGACUAUACAAUUUGUAUUUUGAUCGCGAUUAAUCAUCUACUAUGGAUAUAUGCACCACCAACCAAGCGGUUCUUACGCAAUUGACUUGUCCUAUUUAUUAUUAAUAUUAUUUUUUUUUAUUUUUAUUAUUAUUAUUAUAUAUUUAUCAAAAGGGUAUGUUUAAUAUUUUCAAUUUUUAUCUGUAUAACUUUAUAAUGAUGACAUUAUUUUUCACUCGUCAAAAACUCGUAUUUGUUUACCUAUAUAGUCAAACUGGUACGGAUAUACGAUAAAAAAUGUCAAGUGGAAGUGGUGUAUAAUAAUAUGUUUGAUGUGGUUUUAUAUUAUUCAAAUUUAAAAUUUACGAACAUAAUGCAUGUUAUGAGUAAGGGCGUGAAUUUUUAAUGAAUACAUUUUGUUUUAAACAUUAUAUUUAUUAUUGUUCUUAGGACCAAGUUGGAAUUUACAUUUAGGUAAUAAAUAAUAAUGAAUUCAGUUUUAAGACUUUUAUUUUGUUUUAGUUGGCAUUUUCAAUUUUUUAUGUUAAACGCAUUAUUGCAUUGACAUGUGCAUUAUUCGGAAGAAGGAAGUGUGAGUUAAGUAAACUUUCAUUAGUUGAUUUUUUUUUUUUAGAGUUUUUAGUGUAUUCAUUUCACAGCUCUAUUGUGAAGUUUCAAAGGAUUAUAAUAUUACAGAGACAGGGAAUGUGAUGAUGGCGAUAAACGAAAGAAAAAGCUUUUCUUCUAUAUAUUACCUAAAGUAUUUGUUUUUCAGUAUAUUAUAAACCGUUAAUUUCUCCAUCAUAUAGAAACCAAAUUAUGCAACGAGUAUAAUAUAAUACUGUAUAUUAUUUUGUAGAGUAUUGAUUAUAAUAUUACGUCACGUCAUUGAUACUACCCACACACACACAUGGUUAGUGCCUAUUAUGGCUUGCUGAUAAUAUUUUAAACAACUCUAUAGGCAAAAUAAACUGCAGACAUGUUAUUAUAAUUUUUGACGUAUUAUAUUUCGUUAGUAAUUUAUUACUAUUAUACAUUAAUACGUAUUCUCAUUAUAAUAUAAGAACAAAAUUGGUAAUAUUUUAUAGCAUACAUUAUAAGUGCGUAGUAUAAGUAUACUGCAUAAUAUUAUUAUCGAUGAAAAAAGGUAUACUAAAACUAGACGGUUUUAUUGCAACGAACAAUAAUUCAUCGAUAUAUUAGAUAUUAUACAGAGUUAUUAUUUUAUCGUGUGCAGGGUUCUGGACUUAUAGCAAUUAAAAUCGACAACGAAUUUUUAAAAAACCCUGGCUAAAUGAUGAAUUAAAAAUAUUUUUUAAAAAAAACAUUUUUGUUUGAAAGUUAUCGAAAUAAGAAAAAAAGAAAACACUCAUAUUUGAUAUAAUAUAUAUUUAUAUAUUUAAUAUUUUAAGAAAAAUUUACUUUAAGGAAAUCAUGAUCCAUCAAUUAUAGCUUAACUCAAGUUAAAAUUAAAUAAAGGAAGAAAAAUUCAAUAAUAUGCCAGGCUUAGCUUAAAAUAAAAGCGAAACUCGAUUUUACAUCUUAAUUUGUAUUUUUAUAUUAGUUGCAGGUUCAAAUUGAACCCCAUUUUUUGACUAUUACGGUAAUUUUAAUCAUGAUCAAAUCUUCCGAGUUCCUGCCUUGAACACAGAAAUACCUCUACACACAAAACAUUUCGAUUUUUCUGCAAGAAUUUAAAAUAUUUACCUAGUAUUAAUGCGGGUCUCGGAAAACUGUUUAAAACAAAUUGUUUAAUAUAAUUGGCAAACCGUUUUGAAAUAUACUUAAUAUAACAAGUAUAGUGAUACGAGUAUAAUAGGAAUAAUUUGUAUUCAAGGUCUCACAUUUACAUAUCAAUAUCUAAAAUGUGUACAAAAUUAUACUUUCGUAUUAAUUAAAUUACUAUAUAACAUAAUUAAAUAACAACUACAAAGUAACUAUUUUUGGUAUUUUAGUUAAAUUAUUGAACGUGACUAUUGAAACAGAAAUGUCUAUAUUUAUUUUUUUUAUUGCAAUACAGUUAUAACUUUUUUUUAAAAAACCUUAUUUUAAAUUCUGAGUGUGACGAAAAAGUAAUUCUUAGUUUUAUUAAACCGUGAUUUUUUUUAUGGAAUAUAUUCACGGUCAGUGGCAAUGUUCCGAGUUUUUCACACGGAACUUCCGCCAGGUAAUACUUUAUUUGAGCCAUUUUUCUAGAUUUUCGACAAGUUUUCUUAAAAAUACAAUACCUGACCAUCAUCAUAUGACAAUAUAUCGAUUUUAUGUUUGUUCAUUUCUCGCAAAGUACCAAACAUGAUUAUUACUGUAACUUUCCUGGUUUACCAAGCUCCACUCAGAAUCGUUUUUUGAUCACAAUGAUUAGUAGUCACUUUUGAGUGUAAAAACUAAAUUGUCCAUUAUUUUGUACCUACCAAAUUUCCUACUUACAACAGUAGCCUACCCAUAGUUCGAAUUAUGUCCUGUUUUUUUUAACUAGUAGGUAUGAAACUAUAUAAUACGUACUUAAAUUACUUUGGUAAUUAAAAUUUUUAAAAACACAUAAAAUUACUCGCUAGACUAUACUAUAUCCGCAGUGCUCAAUAUUAUGUUUCUGCCCUAAUUACUUUGGUUAACGAGUUUAUAAACUUUGAUUACUAUAUAGAAGUUGCAUUAAAUUAACACGAUUUUGUUUUCGAGUAGAUACACCGACUUGUGCGACAAAAUUUACGCAAUAAGUAAACGAAUAAAUUAUUUUAGAUUCUGAGCCAAUAUAUCAGCAUAUUGGUUUUACUAUGACGUGUGCGGUUUUUUUUUUUUAAUCCGAUUAUUAUUGUUACACUUUUCGACGAUCAGAGCAAGAUUUCUGCAUUUUAAAGACCAUCGAAAAAGAAUGCGGCAAUAGACUAGAUAUGUGAGGAGAAGUAAAAAUCCGCUUCUUAAGGCAAUGACAUAUAAGAACCACAUAAGGAAAAUUCUGAGAAUUGAGGUGGGAAGAUGUGGACGAUUCUUGAGUGAACUGGAAGAUUUAGGGUAAUAGAUAGAAAAUGGAUUAGAAAAUUGGUAGUGAGCUAAGAUGAUCAUAGAGGCCGAAUAAACAAGUGAAUAACUCUUAAGAUAAGAUAGAAUUUAACGCCUUGACCGCUCAAAAAAUCUCAAUGAUUAACACGAACUAGCACUCACUUAGCAGCAGCUCGUGUUGGAUUUAAUUUUAUAAUACUUCAUUUUUUUUAUAUAUUUAUAAUUUCUCGUUUUAUUUUUCGAUAUGAAGACUUAAUACAAUUAAUUGCUUGACGAUUAGAGGUGCGUAUAUUUGGAUUCAGUAGAGCCAAAAAUUUAUCUAUAAUCCGAUUCAUGUAAACCUGUAUUCAAAACGACAGGUGAGCAAAAAGCUGUUUAUUUUUGCCAUUUCUUUGGUCCGAUCGAUUUGACUUAACGUCGGUCGCAGACGGCGGAGAGGAUCCUUCGAAAAAGACCGUUGCCGAACCUAAAGUAGUAUUCGAAAUUGUUUUAUGUACUUUUUAAAAUAUUGAAGACUCAAACGACUCAAAAGUUGUACCUUUCGAAAUGCUCCUCUAUUUUUUUUUUCUUUUAGUAUUGAAAGAAAAUCUAUUUGUGUUGAUUAGAAAGAAUCUAGUCCAAUGAUUAGAAAAGUAAACGGCAUAGAUCACGGACAAAUUAUCUAGAUACAGAUAGCGAAAUAAGAUGUGAAAUUCGUAUAAAUUACAAUUCAUCGAAUAUUUUACGAAUAUAUCUAAUAGUUUUUCCAGAUAUUUGGCGUAGAUUAUGUCGUUUUAUAGUUCUUUGAAACGAAAAAUUGUGUCCAUAAAAUGUAUCAACUAAAUCUAAAAUUUACAAAAAAGUUCCGUCGAUUUUAAAUUGGAUUAAGAUUUUUGGUAGAGAAAUUACAAAAAAAUACAUUUUAGUAAAACUAAUACAUUAUGUUUCAAUCGAAAUCUAAAAUAAAUAUAAAAUAUUAUAGGUAUGUACCUUAUUAAUAUUAAUUACUUUUAGUAGACAAAUCACAAACAUCAUAGUAAAACCAAUACAUUCCUUCAAUACGCUUAGAAUCUAAAAACCCUAUUAAUAUUAUUAUUCGUUUCCCGUUCUUUGUAAUCGCCAUUACUCAUUAUAAUAUAAUAUAUAUAGUUUUUGGUAUUAAUUCCAUUUUCGUUUGUUUAAAUAUAAUAUGAUGGUUUAUUUCGUCUUCUUUAUACCCCUCAGAUACCUAAUCGUAUAUUUUAUUAAACGCGACGUAGAUUCCUGCAAACCAUUUAGUAUAUGUGAUGGUUUUUAUUACUAUACUAUUUGCUAAUGUACCAUCGACACAGGAAAUAUCCCAAAUAAUUUACGAGUAUAUAGUAACCAAGUGCAUAUUUUAUUGUACAUUUUAAACCAGGGGUGGCCAACCCACGAUCCGCCUCGGAUAAUUUUAUGAACCGCAAGAUUUAUCACUCUUUUACAAAAUAUGUUUAUUUCUGUGCAAACAAUUUCCUAUUUCAACAAUUUACGUUUAUAUUAACGAGAUGAGCGUAUAAUAUUCCGGAAGCCUUUUCGAUGGGGGGGGGGCACUUUUCUCAUUUAAAUUACUUUUUGUUAUCUAAUUGUAUAUUACAUAAGGUAAAAAUAUUGAAUAUUGUCCCCCCUCCUUCACAAAAAUGUCUGUGGCUCUAAUGAUUAUAAAAUAUUUUCAAAGUGGCCCCGUUCAAAGACCGUUUGGUCGGUUGGCCACCCAUAUUAUAAACACUCGACAAUAAUUUUAUUAAGCAAAUAUUAUAAGUGUAUUUUAUAUUUUUAUAAAAGCCUGAUAUUGCUUAUGGUUAUAUCACUGUAAGUACAUAUUUAUUAGGAAUUUGGGAGGCAUGAUAUCUUGAGCAAUUAAUUUUAUAUCUUUAUUCAACGAUAAACCAUUUUGAAUAAAAAUCUGCACUGCUAAGUAUAAAUAAUAAUAUUAUAUAAUACACAAUAUUAUAUAAUACACAAUAUUAUACGCUACAUUUGUCAAAACAAAAACCCCAAGAAUAAAUAUAUUCUAUUCUAUUAAUUCUAUUUAAAUAGAUUUAGAUAUAUUUACUGUAAUUUGCCCCUCCCGUCUCAUUUAAAAUACUUUGAUGCACUUUUUAUAUUAUAUGCAUAAUAUAAUAUAUAUGAUAAUUUGCAAAAUACUCGUCUGUAUAACAUAUACUGUAGUUUUCAAACACGUAUUUAUAUUAAAAAAAUUAUUAUUUACGCUACGCUUUAUAUUUGCAUACAAACAUGUAGUACGAUAGAAUUCACAGAAUGUUUUAUACUGUAUGAUAGUCGUCGUAAGGAUAAUAGGGAUUGCGGUUCUUAAUGUAAGAAUUUUCACGACUAUAAUAUAAACUCGCCCACGGCGCUUAGCAUUAAAAUAGUCGCGUGCUUGAUCCUGGUCUUUUCUGUUUAUACAUUGAAAUUCAUAGUCUUAUGGACCUAACAAAAGAUUCUGAAUAGCUUACGUUUUGUAUAACAUCUCUGACAUAUUUUUUUUUAAAACACCCCCGACCCCCCUCCAUUAAAAUAUUCUCGGGAAUGCCCUAUUUUAUUCAAUUCCUCCGACGUUUUAACCGUGCGUAGCAAACUUACACAAAUGACGUUUUGUUAUUUCAAGUGACAUAAAUUAAUAUUUAAAUCAAACGUAACAGAAAUAACACAUUGCAAUUGUGACUGAAGUAAAUAUAAAGCCUUUACCCAAUUAGUAAUUGAUUUCCUCUGUUUUACCAGUAUUUAAUUGUUAUUAAUAUUUUGAAUAUUACACGAAGAUGUCGCAUGGCCAGUUUUUAGGGGGUUGCGUAUAAGCAAUCCUAAUGUCAUUUUUAAAGGAGGGAGGGGAAAUUAAAAUGUAUCAACCUUAAAGUAUUCAAAUUUAUGAAACAUCGAUUAGGUUAUUUCUCAGAAAUAUUGUGUUCUAAUAUAUAUUAUAUAAAAUAGUGUUUAUGGGCGUAUCAGACAAAACUAUACAUAUGAUGUACUCGAAAACGCGUCGUUAAACCAUUGUACACUACUUGUACCUUGAACAAAUUAAUAAUUUACGUUUUUAAUAAUGAAAACUACGGGGAGAUUCGAAAUGAAACGCCCCGACUAAUGGUCUUUCAUUAGUAAAAGUUAAAAAAAUUACAUACGGUUUUAAGUAAAAUACUAUUUAGGUAAUAAUAGGUCCUUUCAAAAGGUACUGACAAAAAACUGUUCCCGUAUAAAACAAAAUAUACGUUUUAAAACAAAAAAAAAAAGUAUCGAUUUAUGAUCUUUAUUGUUUUAUUGAAAAAGUCAUGAAUAAUACUUAUCGUAUAUUAUAAUUCGCAAGGUUUUUUAAUAUUCAGAUUAAAAUAAUCAGCAUUGUAGAUUCGAAACAUAGGAUCUAUUGGUUUUACUAUGUGUACUAUUUAGGUAUCACCAAACCAUUUGGAUUUUGUAUAACCAACUGCAGGUAGUAUUAUUUAAACCAUAAAGCCGAGUUAUACGUGCAAAAAGUGAUACAAGUAGUGAAAAGAAAAAUGAAAAAAUUCUAAUCUUACAGCAGUAAGCACUGUUACAAUGCUAAUACAAUGUUAAUAUGAUUUACUAGCGUACAUAGACAUGCACGUGUAAACCUAACAUAACGUUUCUUCGAAUUGUUUUAUUGUAAACAAAAAUAUUUUAAUAAUAUCUGAGCAAAAGAACGAAGUAAAAAACUAUUCGAUAAUUCAUUCAAACUAUCGAAAUCUAUCCUAUAGUGUCCAUCACUAACUUAAGUUUUUUUUUCGGAUUCGAACGCUAUAGGAAUGCGAUUUUUCGGAUUUUUAAUUUUAAACAUCGCGGCAUGCAGAACAUCGAAACAAUCCAGCAGGUUUAAUAACCUGUCGGUGGCACGUGUCCACUUGUCGAAGGGUUCUGCGAAAAUUGUAUACGUAGCUCCUCUUUGCAUUUAGUCACGAGCGUGCGUCGACGUACCUAUAAAUACCACACGUGCAAUAAUUAUUAAUUUGUUGCGCAUCCGUCGCGUCUUGUACUCACAAUAUUAAUAAUAUAUAUUGUACAUAAUAUGUGCUAUUAUAAUCGUUGCCGUUCCGUUUUAAUAUUGACGAACACUGUAUAAUUAUCAUUACUAUCUUAUACUCUGUAUAUAUAUAGUAUUCUUCGCGGCGUGCGAUCGCGCAACUAAAUUGGUCGAUUAAACGAUAUGUUUUCUGAUUGUUUUUUUCAAUGUUUUAGUCGUUUGAAAUAAUAUUCUUAGUAAAUUAUUAGCGGCACGAAUACGGUCGUCGUCGCCCAAGUUUUGUCACGAGUGCCGCUUAGACGAUGGUUUUUAAUUAGAUUAAAAACCAUUUUUGUCGAUAAAUAUUAUCGAAAAAGUCUACUAACGAAAUCGAAGUCUGUUUUGAAAAUCAAAAUCAAAAUCGGAAUCACAGUUUAAUAAUAAAACCUUGCCAAAUAAUACGAAAAACUACGCGUCCAAAUCUAACUAUUCUACGAGGCGUAAGAGUUUUUCCCACAAGGCUCAGACAGCCUUCACCCAUCUCGGAAUCGUUUUCCUAUUGUGACGAUUUUCUUUUUAUCGUUAUGAACAGUAUAACAUUAUUAUAAAAUAAAUUGCCCUAUAUGCGAUAUUUCCCAACUUUCCCUCGUAUACUCUAGAGGUCUACCUAUCAUAAGCAAGAUUCCUUUUUUUCUUUUAAUAACCUAUAAUCUGGAAAUAGCUAAUUAUCGUAUAAUCGGAUGGGUAGAUAAUAUUACGCAUCAACAGAAUAUCAUGGAGCAGUAGGAUCUUGGCUUUUAGCCGUCUUCGUUUUGAUGUAAACAAUGUUUUGUAAAGUAUUUUUUUUUUGCGUUUUGGCGAUUUUUGUCCAAAAAGAAAACAACUUUGGGAGCUUGGAGUAAGCUUCUAUUCUAGUCUUCUAUUUCAAUGAUUACUUAAUGAUAAUUGUAUUGAGAUUGCAUGAUAUUUGUUUUUGAUCAUCGACAUUCUCGGGACAAAGUUUUGGUAUAAGUCACUUGAAAUGUUGCAUUUCUCUGCCAACCAAAGUUUUGUCAUCACAACAGAAGAAAAAUUCCUCUCUAGAGUCAACCCUCCCCCCCUUAAAAAAAUGAAUAAACAAACAAAUAAAAGUGCUUUUCUUUUAAGUCCAUUACAAACUCACAAACACUCAAAAAUCAUAUUUUACAAAUACAUCAAAACGAAAAAGGUUAUAGAGAAUCUAUACAAAAUCGGAUGAGCUCGGAAGUCACAGAAGCCAGUGAUAUUAAUCCUAUUGCUACAAGAUGCUCUGUUGGCCUGAAAUUUAUAAAUAGUCUAGAGAAAUUUUUUAAUACACCUUGUGUAUUUAUAUAUAUUGUAGCGAUAUCCUAUUCGAAGUCAUUUUUUUCGUAUGUAAUAUAUUUUUUACUAUACAGCAAAAAAUUGGAAAAAUACUUCGAUAUAUAUUUUAAACUCGAAUCUUAUAUAUAUAUUUUUUUUUUUGUAAACAGGUGCCAUUUGACGACCGGAGAUUAUUGUUUCCGCCAGGGCCCGCGGCCGUGCUCAUAUCGGCUGCCUACGCUAUUUAUUUGAUGCUGUUUCCUCAUUGGAUGGCACCACUAGUAUUGGCCGGCAUGAUAGCGGGUGAGUAAUAUAAUUUUUUGUAUAAUAUCUUUUUCAUCCCCCAUUAAAAAAAAAAAGAAAUGCGUCACUAUUAAGGUCGAGUCGAACUUUCCUCAUUUUUUUAUAUGAUAUAACUUUAUAAAACAAGAAGGUAACUGAAUAUACUAUAAAUAAUAUGUGUAUUAUAAACCAGAAUAUACUAUAAUAUACUACAAUUAUACUACUUCCAAACAAAUUAUGCAAUUUGAAUAGAAAAAUGGCAGGAGGUUGAAAGUUAGAACCCUCAAUAGGUACAUCUUUGGUACUAAUGCAUAUAUAAAGUUAAAUUCUCCUGGCUUAUGUGAUAAGUCUGUAGUGGUGUUCAAAGCUAAAAAAGGAGUCCUAGGAUAAUGGGGACCGGUGCAGCCACUGUUAUAGAUAAUUUAAUGUAUACCUAUAAGAACAAUAAACCAUUGCUCACGAAAAAAUUAUUCAAAGUGGAAUUCAGUUGAUAGUGAUGCUUUGUCAACAAUGUUUCUGUAAAUUUAUAGUAAAAUAAUUAAAUAGGUUUUAUAUAUUUUCUUUAUUAAUAUCCGUUUAAUGUUGUAUCGAUUUUCCUAGUUUUCCAACGUUUUUCUCGGUUUUUCCAUGUUUUAUCCUGGUUUUUCACAUUUUCCGAGAAAACUCUUGGGAAAAUCGAAAAAUAACCUUUCUAAAAUAUCUCCCUAGUGAAAUUUCAUUUUAGAAACAUUAUUAUUAUUAAAAUUUCUGGUAAAAAAGUUGUUCACAGAAAAAAAAAAAUCGUAAUUUAUAUUUAUUAUAUUUCGUAAAUUUUCCCGUUUAUUUUUUUUUUUUUUCGGUUUUUCGCAUUUGAUGAGAAAACUCUUGAGAAAAUCGAAAAAUUCCCUCCUUAAAGUACUUUCCUGCUCCGAUUUUAUUUCAGCAAAGAAAACAAGUCUUCUGAUAGAAAAGUUGUGCAAAAAUAAUAAUAAAAAAAAAUAAAAUUUUUAUAAAACCAUAAGCUUCUUCUUUCGCGUGUAACUUGUAUGUGCAUGUUGUCGCCAUCUUACAAACGUACGACAGCAAGUUUGCGUUCAGCAGAGUAUUAUCAAACUUAAAGAUAAAAACAUUAUCCGGGCAACAUUGGCGCCAUUUUUUCGAUAUUUUAAUUUUCAGGUGAAAUUAUGUGAAAUAUUCUAUAAUAAUACUAUACUUUAAUAAUCUCAUUAGAAAAUUGAAAUAUCGAAUAAAUAACGCCAGAGUUGCCUAGCUAAUGUUCUCAUCUUAAAAUUUAAUAAGUCAAUUCACUCUUAUGUUAAAACUUAUAGUACGAAUAUGUCACUGCUAAACACAAAUUUGCGAUGUCGUACGUUUAUAAGAUGAACACGGCACAUACGGAUAUUACGUCCUCUUGUGUUCAAUUAAUAAAUAGGUAGUGAUAAUGAAAAUAAAAUUUUGCAUUUUUUAAUAACACCCUUCUUUAAAAAUUCCUGGCUACUGUCCUAUUAGUUUUUGAAAAAAAAUAUUGUUAACAUGUUUUUAAAUUAUACAGGUCAUACUUUUAUUUGUUCAUUUUUUAAAUUUAAUAUAUUUUUUAUUAAUAUAGAAAAGUCGUAGUUUCGAUUUUCCUAUUUUUCGAUAGGUUUUUUAACGGCUAAGUUAAGAGUCUCUAAAAUAUGUAGGUACUCGUUUCUUUAUAACUAAGGAAUCUAAAAUAUUUGUUAAUUGAAAGACAACAUUCAAGCGAAGGACUCAAUUUUUUUUAUAAUUUUUUUUCUUUUUUUAAAUAAUCUUACUUUCCUCUUCAGUUAACACAUUUUGUUAAGUUCGCGCCAGUCUAUGCUCGCAAAUAUUUAAAUGACGUCAUUGGCUUUUUACAUGAUCAACCGCGAGAUAUCAUGACCCCAGUUUUAAAGGCAAUAAAUUCGGGCCGCGAUUCCGCAAUAAAUGUCACUGGUCAUCGCGAUUUGCCUUCUCCCUUAUAGCCACCACCGCCGUCUAAUCGAUCGAAUACCACCAAUAUAGAUAUUUACCGCAACUUUAGUCACAUUAGACCGUGUUAACCCGUGGGACGACCGACCAUAUAUACCGAAAACCAAUUUGGCGGUAUUAUACAAUAUUGUGGCCACCACGUAAGUCACGGACGGCGACGACGUCCUCUUAAUCACGGUAAUGUGCAGGUUAUCAUGUCCGUAGUUGGCCACGCGCAUAUACCUACGUAUUGACGUUUGCAAUAUAAUACUGCAGGGAGUAUAUUUUAUUUUGCCCUGUGUAGAUACGAAGUACAAUCGAUAAGUUUAAAGAGUUACGUGUAAUAGGAUAUACGUUAUUUUUCUCGGCCGUUUGUACACUCCUUAAUUUUUAUCGCCCAAAAACAUAAAUAAAUGACAUUUUAUUUCCGGACCAUUUUUACCGAGCGUUGGUACCAAAUGUUAUACCGAAUAAACUAUACAAAUAUUAUAAAAAUCAUUAAGUCAAGACACAGGUAGUAAAUACUCUUCUUUAUAGAAUGUAUAAUAGCCAAUAAGUCUUUUUGCGUGAAACUCAAUCGGAGAUUGAUAUUUAAUGCUAUAUUAUUAUGCACGAGAUAGAUAAAGAAAACAAAUUAUACUUUGAUUUGGUAAUUUUACAUAGAAUAUAGAAAUAAUUUAUUUUAAUAGGAGAGAUUAUUUAAAAUUAUUUUAUUAUACAAAUAGUUCGUUUUAUAUACAAUUAGUAUUAGUAUUAGUAUUAGUAUUAUUAGACCUAGAUAUGUCAAGCAAUAUAAAUUAUUUGGUUAUUAUUUAUUAUCUAAAAUGUUUUGAUAUAAGAUUAAAUAAAGACAAAUAAUUUAUAUUUCUUCACAUAUAUCUAAUAAUAACUAAUUUUAUGUAAAAAGAAUUAUUUGUGUAAUUUUUAGAUUCUGAAUGCAGCGAAUAAUAAUAAUAUAUCGGUUUUACUAUUUUUGAGCUAUUUAUAGACAUUUUAAUUUUUCAAGUUUUGUACGUAAUUUUUAUUCGGUAAGUACUCUGUGGUAAAAUUGUUAGACUUGAACAGAAAUGCUUGAAAAUUUAACAGGAGGUUCAUUAGGAAUCUAACUUUGUAGUAAAAUAAAUGCAAAUUGAGUUUAAUGUAGUAUUUCUUUUUAUAAGGGAAUUUUAUUAUUAAAUUUUGACAAAAAUCGUUUGAGUAAAAAAUUAUGUGAAAGAAAUCUAAUUUAUCAAUUUUUUGUUUAUUUUAACAUAUGUAUAUUACCGAUUUAAAAAACGAUAGAAAAGUCAGAAUUAAGCGGACUGAAGUUUCGAAUUUAUAGCUUUUUAUAGUUCUGAUAUUAUGUUAUGUUAAAUAACUCUAUAUUGUACCUAUUCAAGCAUAUUUCUCGUUUUCUAAUGGUUAUGUCUAUUUUUAUCCUAAGGGUUCCGUGUUCAAACCUGUGUUUCGUGAAAAAAUGUUUGCUUUUUUCCCCCUUAUACCUAAACAAUGAAAAAACAAGUGCAUUUUAGAUGUUUCUAGAGACCCAAGCCAUCGCUCGUUCGGACUAUUUUAAUCGUAAUACUUUUCGACUUGUUGUAUAAACUUUUCUAUUAUCAAUUUCUUUCCGAUUUAAAUGAUAGCACUUUUUCUAAAAGGAAAUCUGACUGGGAAGGUAUUUUAAAGCAGUAAUUUUUCGAUUUUUCAAGGAGGUUUCUCAAUAAAUGAGAAAAAUUAUGAAAAACUGGAAAAUAUACAAAAUAUAUUAGUAAAAUAUUAUGAUUAUUUUUUUCUGUAGACAGCUUUUUUACCAGCAAUUUCGCUCCUAUUUACAAUGAUAGUACUUUUUCUAAAAGGAAAUCUGACUAGGGAGACUUUUGGGAGGUCAUUUUUCAAUAUUCCUAAGAGUUCCCAUCAAAUGUGAAAAACCGGUAAAAUAUUAAACAAAUAUUAUAAAAGCAAAUAUAUAAUGCCUAUUUAAUAUUUUAAUAUAAUAUAACAUAUAUAUUGUGUACAAAGCAUCACUAUCAACUAAACUACGCUCAGAAUUGUUUUUUCGUUAGCAAUGGUUUAUCGUUGCUUACAGAUACACAUUGAUUUCCCCUCUAUAUCCUACCUUUUCAACUUCUUGCCAACAAUAGUGGCUGUACCUAUCUGUCUUCGUUAUCCUAGGAUAGUUUUCAAAAAAAGAAAAGAUGAAUUGCCUUAAUUUGUUUUAUUUUUUAUCAUGAACCUGCGAUUAUAUAAACCCCCGGCCUCUUUUUUGAACAUAAAUUCGAAUAUAGAUUAUAUUUUUCUAGAAAUAGUUUGUAUAACACUAAUCACUAUCAGAUUUAUUGUUUAUGAGUUAUCAAUUUCCUGUUUAAAAAUAUAUAAGAAUUUUAUUACCCUACCCUACUACUCCGGUCUAAACUUUAAACGUACAUUUUCUUAUUGUUCCUACGUUUUUUCCGAUUUUUCCUAAUGAUUACGAAAACCGCUUGAAAAAUUUAAAAAUGAUUCCCCUAAAGUAUCAACUAGAUAAAGUUUCUUUUUAGAAAUCAGAAAAGGUGCUAUACUCGAUACGCUCAGAAUCCAAAAAUCACUCUGCAUAACUGGUUAUCAUCAAUAAGUGUAUGAUAAUAAUCUUGUGGUUUGAAAACGGCAGUGUAGCAGCCGCCGUUAAAAAUAUAUUUUAAAAGAAGUUAUAGUUUAUUUAUGUUUAUGCUCCUUGAAUAAUUCGUAAAAUUGUCGUGCAACCGAUCAGUGAUUUACUAACCCAUUAAAUAUUUAAUGAGCUAUCAGUUAAUAUUUACUUAAAUAUUUAUGGAAUGAUUUUUAUGCAACACGGCAUUUAUGUUUGAACAACAAUGUCAAAUGUAAGUGAAUUUCUUAAUAAGACGAGGAGUUAAAAAACCUCAUAAUUAAACCUUUUUAUUUAUUUAACUAAUUUAACCUAACCUUAAUUUCCUGAAUUAACUAUAUUUAAAAAUAUAUUUAAUAAUUACUGGAUUAAUAAAAUAUGGUAAUAAACCACCUACACCAUAAAGUAACAAAUAUAUAUAAAUAUUAAAUAAUUUUGAUACAAAAAUUAAAAAGUACGACCUAUUGGGGUCAUGGCCCCUGUGCUCCUCCUCCUCCCCUAUAGCUACGUCACUGAAGUAGUGUGAUUGUCGCUAUAGUUUUAAUUUGACAUUAAUUUCGUGUACUAUUUAAUAAACUAUUAUAUGUGUUUCGCAGGCUACGUGACUUAUGAUUUAAUUCAUUUCUACUUACACUACGGAUGUCCCAGCGAAGGCUCGUACAUGUACACGAUGAAAAGAUACCAUAAUCAGCAUCAUUUCGCGCACCAUGAGAGCGGUUAGUAUUAUAUUAUCGAGUGCUGUCGCUUAUUGGUCCAAUUGUCUAAAACUCAAAAUAACUCGAAAAAAAUAUAAUAUACUAGCUGUCCCGCACUCGGCGUUGCCUGUGCUAAUUUUUUAUCCUUUUCACCUUUAUUUCCGUAUUGGUUUGUCCGUAUCAGUAUAUUGAACUAAAAAAAUAUGUGGAAAGUGUGUAGUUCACUGAUUGAAUAUGUUCUAGUUUAUCAUAAAUUGUUUUCAUUCGUGUUACCAUAUAGAUAUCCGCAAACAGAGCUAUAUAAUAUCCACUAUAAUAACCCUAAAAUUAAGAGGACAUAAUAGUACUGUAGUGUUGUUACUGUACCGAAAAAUAAAAAAGAAUAAAAAAUGACAUUUAACGAAUUUUCACUUUUCACUUACCCACCCAGUACAACGCAUAGAUUUUUAUUAUUUUUUUUUUUCAUGCGUGUUACCAAGGUAGCCCAUCCUAUUUCAAGCCAAUAAUAGACCGGCAGAGUAUCAGGUAGACUCUAUAUUUUAAGUUGUUAUCGCAUUUUUAUUUCUGUUUAUUAUUUUUUAUUAUUUUGUUUUAAAUUUAUUUUCAUUUCAUCCAUGUUACUAUGGCAAUCCAUAAUUCAACAAAAAAUAAUUUAAUUUUUGAACUAAAAAUUUCUUAAAACCUUUCAUCUCCUUCAAGUUUUAUUUUCGCGACAAAAAGUAGCUUAUGUUUUCUCCAAGGUCACAUAUAUUUUUAUACUAAAAUUCAUGAAAAUCCGUUCAGUAGUUUUUGCCUGAAAGAGUAACAAAUAUCCAUAUAUCCUCCAGACUUUUUCAUUUAUAAUAUUAGUAGAAUAAUUAAUCUUAUUUUAAAAUUUACUCUGUUUAUUACUUCCUCUAUUUUAUUGAUUUCAUGCAAAAUGCCGAAAAACGAUUAGAAAAUUUAAAAAACAUUCUAAAAUGAAAAAAAUCUCGAAAACUUAUAAAAAAUUUCGUCAAUGACGUCCGAAACCCUUAAUAUUGUUGUUAAUAUUCAUGCAACAAUAUUAAAUAAUUAUUUGCGUUUUUUCAGGUUUCGGUAUCAGCAGCCAAUUUUGGGACCACAUUUUCGGCACAGCCAUUGCACUGAAGAAGCUUAGCCGAUGUUUGAAAUGGUACUAACUCUAGUAACCUCUAAACUCGUGCCUUAUUAUAUAAAAAGAAUUAAUUAUACAUAUAUAUAUAUAUAUAUAUAUAUAUAUUUAAAAAAAAAAAAAAAAAAAAAAAAAAAAACAAAACAAAACAAAAACCAAAUUUAAAUACCUAUAAAUAAAAAAAAUGCAUAUAUUUAUAUAUACACGAUGUAUAUUGUUGUAUAUUGAUAUAUAAAAAAAUAUUAUUAUUAUUACUAUUAUUAUUAUUAUUAUUAUUAUUAUUGAUAGUAUCUUUAUACAAAAGGAUAAUAUCACAACAAUCAUGUCGGAGUGUUUGAAACUCAAAUAUAACCAAAAAUGAAAAAAAAAGUUAACGAAAAAUAUAUAAUAUAAGACGAAUCCGCUCAAGUUGGAGCGCGGUCAUAACCCGAGGACAUAAUAAAUAUAUCAUCUCAUUUUGUUAUGCAUACAAUGUUAUAUUUAAUAUGUGUAUAAAUAUAUUAUAUAUAUAUUUAUAAUAUUGUCGCUUUUAUUGCUAUUUUUGUUCAAAGGUAUUUACAAAACUUUUAUAGCUGUUUUGUCGUUACUCUGUACAUUAUCAUUAUUUUAUUUUAUUUGUUUGUCUUUUUAAAUAAUAAAAACAAUAUUAUUUAUA